CCUCUCUCCCUCUCUCUCUCUCUGUGCUCUGGUAGGUCCACAAUGGUACAGCCAGCAUCUUGCAGCACAAUGGUUGCAAGGUGGUGGUGAGCUGAGGGAAGAGUGAUUCAGCAUCAGCGAACCUCUGUUUCGUCCAACUUUGCUUCAGUUUUUUUUCCUUUUCCUCAUCGCGUUUGUUUUCUCGCCUUGUCCCCUUCCUUCCUUCCUUCGCCAUCUUUGCAUAUAUCGUCUAAAUGAAGCUUUCGGCUCCGGUCAGCGCGAUGUUUGGCGUCGGGAUGUUUUGAAAAGGACUGUCACCGGACUGGGAUCGUCAUCAGCUGGCACGGAAUGGUAAGGGCCGGGCUGGGUUUGUUUAAUGUGGGUGCGAUGCUGCUGCCUGGAGGGUGGAGUGAUGAAUAUUGAUUGGAAGCGAAGGUUAAUGAAGUCCACUAGCGAUGCCUCGGUGGGAAAAAUGGACCGCGACAUAAUAAAAAAUAAUCAACCCUAUCGUGAUGCAUUCACGGCCUCGGAUGUUGUUUUAUAACGACUAGCAUCUCUGUGCGUGGAUUUCAUUGUGGCGUUAGUCUCGACCUGGCAAAAUGUUGGCAUCACCAUCCAUACGAAUUGAGAAUUACACAUACUCAUUAUUUGCUUUACAUUAAAAUCACACUACCCCUACUGCACAAUAGGCUUUGUUAUUAAUAUACAUGCUAUUAAUCUAUUACAUCUUGUGUUUACCUUCAUAUUUGAACCACUUUGAGGGAGAAACACUCAUAACUAUUGGUUAGCACGCAAUGCAUUUUUGAUUAGAAGUGCCACAGUGCUGCAAAUGGAUGAUGCUCCUCUAAACACGAGCCUUACAUGGGCCACACAGCUACAGUAGGCCUGCAUGCAGAGUUUGUCCAUCCUCCCCCUCAGAAGUCAGCUGCGCACCUUGUGCAUUAUGCAGACCAUCACUACUUCAGCAGGGAUGUGGGGCCACCCUCGCAUCCAGGACAAGUGCUUUGGAGGGCAGAUAACCAGGCAGGAUUAAGGUGUAUUUAUUGAUUAAUUUGAUAUUUUUCUCCCGUUCUUGAGGAAGAUGUUGAGGUUUCUGGAGGGGUUGUCAGGCGAUCAUAAUGCAGAGAGGAUGGGAUGUUUUUCACCACAGGUUACAUUCCACCUGGAUUAAAAGAGAUGAAGCGGCAGAGGAAGGUAAUUUCUCUCAAUCUGCUCUGGUAGGGCAAUCUUCUGCUAAUGCAUUAUUAGCGAGACACUCAUGACGCUUAUCAUUGCAAUGGGAGAGGAAACCAGACGUGUUAGGAAAGUAUCAAAUUGUGCUAAUUUUGUUGUGUUUAUGCUUUCAGAUUUCACAUUCUUGCACAUACUCGUUUGGCGCAUGCCCAUGGUCCUGGACUAAUUACUGUUGUGCAGUGCUGUGGACUCAGUGAAGGUUUAAAGGUGUCACAACAAACUCGGCGUUCAGGAGAAAAGGGAGAGAGAGGUUUUAGUGCUGUGACCUUGGCUGCUGAAUAAUUCAGGAGCAGGCUUCCAUGCCUGUGAAAGUGCUGCAGGGAACACGCUUGACAAUUAAAUAAAGCCUUUUAUGGCUAUUCUGCAGUGUUUGAAAAGAGUGACAUCUCUCUUUUAGAAGAAGAAAAGGUUCACUUGACUUCUUGUUAUCAUUCCCAUUAAGAGAGCAUUUGAUUUGUCUUGCAUAGCACUUCAGUAUUUCUGUUUUGGUACUAAAAUAGCUUCAGUUUCUGAACCAAUCUGUUUUAUUUGAGUUGGUAGACACUGCAGGAUACUCACUGAUAUUGAUUUUGAGGUGGACAACUCAUUCAUCCAAUGGAAAAUCAUCACUGGAAAUGGGCAGCAGCAGACAAAUGUUAUCUUACAACAGAUAAUGCUAGCAUUUUAAUUCCAUUUUAUUUUACUGACUCAGUUUACUAAUCCUAGGUUAUGCAACAGAAUAAAGCGGUGUAUCUAGAUGAGUUCAUAGUUGGAUUGCAGGUAUGAUUAAUAAAGUAAAGAGAAACAGCUGAAACUAAUGAUCAUUUUUCAAAAUCAGUUAUUCUGCUGAUUUUCUGUCCUUGUCCAUUGAUCCUCUUAGUGUGUUGCUUCUUUAAAAGACAGUGAAAAGUAAACCACCCCCCAAAAAAAUGUGUGUAUAAAUGUGUGAUUUUGUGCAACUGAUGGUUCACAGCCAUAUAGUUUUAGUUUAACACUAUGAAAAAGCAAGAACUGUGUAUAAAACCAGAUCAUUAAUCGAACAAGAAAAUAACAGGAAUGGCAUAUAUUAUAAAAAAAAAGCGUUUACAGAAUGAGUGCCAAGGGUUAGUGUGCCAAAGUCACAGUCUAAAUAGAUGAAGAGGUUUAUUGUGCUGGGACCCUCUAACAGACACCACCAACAACAAUACAGAUCGGUAUCUUUAUUUACAUUAAGGAUGAACCAUGGGCAUUUACAAGGGCCUGUGUCUACUGGUGGCAUGCUUAAUGUCCAUUCACAAUUGAAAACCAAAGUAGUUCUGUGGUUUAAGUACUCAGUAUCCUUUGCACAAAAGAAAAAAAUGUGCCCUGAGUGUAGGCUGUUUGAAAAGAUUUAAGCUUUUGGGACAAUGCCGCAAUCGCCAGCCAAUCAAAAUCGAUAAGGGGCGGUACAUCUGAUAUCAACAUUUUGAAUAUCAGUUGUGGUGGUCUUUAUGGGGGAGAAUCUAACUACAGUAAUUUUUGAGAGUACAGUUUCAAGGUUUACAGCUGCUUAUAAUGCUAGGAUGCAAAUUUACAUGUUUUCUUUCAUCAAAUAAGAAGCAAAAAUGAUACAGGAUACUUGAAAACAGACUCAAUGGUCAGGGAAGCUUAGGUGCUGUGGGGAAACUUUUGUAGCCCAGUACAACACUGAGAGGUGAGGGGCUCUUUGAAAGUGGGGUUGUGUGCACUGCUAACCCAAAAAAUAAAUUAAAAAAAACAUGCGAGUGGACACAGGCCCUUAUCGCACAAACAAGCCUUUUAUCCCACCACAAAAAAAACAACAACUAUUUUCUUCAUUAAUUCAGGAUAGACAGAACAAAGAUUAACUGAGUUGUGACUCUAAAGGUCCAGGACUUUGUUUAGAACAAUUACUGCUACCCAAACACCCUCAUCAGUCUUCUGACAGCCAUUCUGCCAAAGUUCUUGUCAUGAUUACAUAGAAGGUCAAAGUUGUCAUCAGAAGAGAAUGGAUGAGAAACAAUAGGUAAGCUCUCAUCAAUCAGUCACCCUGACUGGGUUUCUUUGCUGGCUUUGGAAUACUGUGGUCUACAUGAUUUAGUCCUCCAAGUUGGGAUUUCAGCUCAAACACGUAAACAGAUUAAAUAAAUUACGCAGCUGUGUGAGGCUUUGUGACUGGAAGUGAGAAGAAAAGAAGAUAAAUAAUUCUGUUAAGAAAAUAACUGUUGAAGAAAAAUAGGUCACCCUGCAUCACAUUUGGGAAAGUGCACCAAGUGUUUGUUCACAGAAAAUUAGCCAGGGAUCAUUGACAGAGAGAAGGACUAACAACACAUUGAGCAUGCUGGACCAUGAGUUUGCAUGAGGAUUGAGUUUGUCUAUAUCACUAAUACAGCUUUGGGGUUUUAUGUCAAAAAUAUGAAAUCUUUUGCAAAGUUGAACAUAUAAUUCCCAAUACUCCUGGUUUUGGUUGUAGUGGUUUUCAUAGAAUUACAUGUAAUUAUUCUGGCUGUAAGCUACAUUGUGGAACCACAUUUAGAUAUGGACUGAAAGCCGUCUGUGUUGAAACUUUGCCAUGUCGUGCUCGUCAAUAACAGCAUUAUCAUGUUUGGGUUUUUCCCACAUUCUUACAAAUAAAAUGAAAUUCUUACUGCAAGAAAGUUGAUCCCCCCUGGGGCUGCAAUGUACAGAAAUGCGCCUGCAGCCUGUGAUGCACAGUUACAUAAUUGGAUUUGAUCUGACAAAUAUGCAGCUUUUAUUUGCUUUCUGCAGAUAGCUGAGUGCAAGACUUUAAGCUGUGUUAGACUCAGUCUGUGCACAGCACAUCUGUAAAGGGAAUUACGGAUCCGUGGGGUUCAGACAUUGUAGUAACCCUGCCAUCAAAGGAUUUCAAAUCCAGACUUAAUACAAUCAUGAAAACCUGCCUUUUAUUUGUACAUUUCUCACAAUGCACUCACGUUAAAGGUCGGUGCUGAAGUGGUCUUGCAGUACAUCAGGUACAAGGCGUGGUAAAAUCUACCAAGAGAAGAGUCAUACUUUUUCAGCAGUUGUCUAUUUUUGAAAGCAUUACCUGCUGUAACCAUGGCAUCCAAAUCGCUCUGAUAAUGUGAGCUGAAAUAUAUUUGUUAUGAUAUGUGUUACAGAUGGGUAUUGAGCAGGUUGUUUGACUGCAGGCGAAGUGAUUUCAGAAGCAUGCUCCAGUCUUGCCCUCUAUCCAGUGUGUUUCAGGAUCUAUAAGAAAGGCUGUAAAUCAUAUGAUUGUGCUCAUGCACCUGCCAGCGCUGUACAUGCGGCUACCAUGCAGCUGAUCAAAAACCUGCAGCGUAAGCAGUCUUUCCAGCUAACAUGUCUGUUGUUUACUUCAAGUGAUUCAAAGGGUGCAAGGGAGACGCAAACCAGAGCAGGAAUAAGUGUAUUUGUUAGCUCCAAAGAAACAACUCAAUAGAUGUCAGCGAACAUUCAGAUUCUCACAGCUUGUAGAUGAGCUCAGGAGUCGGUGCUAUCUUGUUUUCCUGGCUGGGUCUGCAGUUUGAAGUGCUUCCCUUCCCCUCCCCUGAGCCCGUAUGGGAGGCUGUGCUGCGUUUGGCUCAGGCUGCACAGCAAAUCGCAAGGCAAGGCAAGGCUGCGUACUGCAGGGGAGGCUGGGGCUGCUGAACCAAGCAGCACUCACAAUGGAGCUUGGAGGGAGGGGGAGGGGAAAGACAGUUGCAGCGAAGCUGGGAGCCUGGGAGCAGGAAUGGUGGGAGCGAGGGAGGGACAAAAGAGAGAGAGAGGGAAGCAGGAAAAGGAGAACGCAGGCUCUCAUCAGGAUGGAGAAUGGAGGAGAGAAUGAAGACUUAUGGAGGAUGCUGUGGUGUGCAUGUGACAUUUAUAAAAUGUGUGUAAGCCUGAAAGCAUAACAAAGAAAAGACAAAUGGUGGGAGGAUAGGAAGCAAGGAUGGAUAUAACAGAAGACAAUAACUAGUCUGUACUGGGUGUAUACAGGCACAUUGUGUUUUACGAGAAGCAUAGCAGUCAAUCAACCUCUUUAAUGUAGACAUAAAAUAUUGUUUAUAACUGAACUUAAACCCCAUGUAGCUUUGAAUGUGUAGUCACUGAAUAAAACACACAUCCUUGGCAGGUCUCCCAGAGUUGUUUUGAGGCAGAUAUCAGAAAUGCCUUCAAGCUAAAGCUGUGUCAGGUACAGGCAAGUGCACUGAUCAGUGCGCCCUGCCAAUACUAUAAAUUCAUAACCCCACAAAAAAAGGUUGUGUUUUCCUAGAAACUGUACAGCUGUACAUGACCCCUACCAGCAAGCGCUGUUUUAAGAGUGGCAAAGAGAAGCACUAUGCUCUUAUACAGGCUAAGCUAGAGAUAGUUUAGGCUACCUUAAAGGUGCUCAGCUUGUGUAUAAAUAUGGAUGAUGUGCCUCCAUUAAAAAUGAAGCCAAAAUGCCACCAUAAUGCGCACUGAUUUUUUGUGCUGUGGCUGUUUUCGAGCUUAGCCAUGUGUAGAAGCAAUCUGGCUGGUGGAUGUCUCACCACUUACAAACUCUAUCUACCUAGACAGUUGUGCAUAUAGCAGGACAAAAUAUUCCAAUCCUCUGUGCAUCUAACUUGCUUGCCAGAACUUUCUGUGCCAGCAUCUCUCUAGAGAACACCUGUGAACGUAAUGUGGGACAUCCUCGGUUGUUGCCCAAGUAUUGGCUCCCACAACAUCCUAACAGCAGAGAGCUUCCAGUUUCUCUAGCAAUGACUGGCCAGCCUCAUAUUCAUACAUGCUGUUUACUUGCUAAUCCCUCAUAUAGCUCCUUGAUGGUGACAUGAGCACCCUAGUUGAUGUAAGAACCACAGGCAACGUUCAAGCGUACAUCCACCUCUGCAGGGGGGGCUGUCGGGUUUAACAUCCACAUAGACUCUAUAGUGGAGGGGCUCCGGCCACAUUAUUCAAAGUCAUCUACACUAGAGCUGUCCUGACUUUAAUGUCCUCGAAUGAGCUGAUCCAUGACCCAAGCUAUUCACAUAUAUUUAGAUUCAGAUACAGAUUAAGAGACGUUUCCACUUGAUAUUGGAUGACAUGUCCCCUGGCUGCAAUCCUCCAUCACGUUAUAAAAGGGGCUCUUAUCUCACAUGGGAAAUAUCUCAUUUCCUGUUCUUGAAUAAAAGUGUGAAGGUUUAAAAGCAUGACUCUAAAAAAAACUGAAUCAGUUUAUUGUUCAUACCUGAGCGGAGAAGUCUUACACCUUUGCCUGAAACAUUUCCCGUCAGAUAUUAAGAAAAGAUUGGCUAAUGGAUGAUAAUAAUAUUGAAUCAAUCUAACACAGGGUCAUAGAGCUCAAUCGGAUGAAUACAGAGAUGGUAGACAAGUUUAUUGUGUCAUAUUUUAGAGCAAUAUUUGUACUUAAGUGCUUUUAAUUUCACAUCUCAUCUGACAAAGGCAUAUUCUGUUUCAUCACCAACAAAUGUUUUGUUUGGACUGCAAAACAGUGAAUCAUAAAAGAUAUCACAGGUGUUUCUAUUGACUUUCAUGUCAACUAAACUCUAUUGUGGUGUGCCAGUGAGCCAGCAGGCACAACAGAGAUUUGUCACAGCAUAUCAUAGCAAGAAAACCUAAGGCAGGAUGAAUAACAAUCCUUUAUAUUGUGUGUCAUGGACAACUAAGAUAAUAUUAAUUAAACCUGUAAUACCUGCAGUAAAUUGAGCACUCUUGUCCGGAAAUGUAGCCAGAUGCCAUUAAUUGACAGUAAUUGAAGUUUUAAGGCGUAUCUGCCAGAAAUGACAUUUAACAAAUAAGCAUAAAAACUACAGAGGCGAUUGUUAAAAACCACUGGUUAUAUUUACACCCAUGAAAAGGGUUUAAUUAUAAUGAAUUAAUAAUAAAUACCCUUGUUUUAGUUAAAUUAAUGCAGCAUUGUUAAUAGAUUUCUAUGCCUAUAUUGACUCAUUUAAAGCUCCCAUGAGUAGUUUUUUGACAUUUAUGAAAUAGACUGAAAUUCAUAUUUACGCCUUUUCAUGAUACCCAAAGGCGAACGAGACCAUCAGGGACAGGAUUGAAAAUAUGUAUAUUGUCAUUUUAAUGCCUGACACCAAUGUGAGGGGGUAGGUGUCAGCCAAGCAGCUGGAGAAACAGCUCUGUUUUUUGCAGUUCCUGUAUGAAAUAUUCACAAUAUAAGAUACAUCUGAUGGCCAAAAGUUUGCAGGAUUAUAUUUUUUGUCAAUAAAGACUAAAGCAAGUAGAAGUCAAGAUAAGCAAAGACUGCCUUGUCCACAGGGGGUGCCAAAAUUGAAUUAAAAUGGAAAGUUCCUUACAGGAGCUUUAAUGACUCCUUGCUGUGGCCUUUACUCAAAUGAAUCAAAGAACCUUAAACAGAUAUUUACUGGCUGAGCAAGAAGUCGAACAAUACCAGAUGAAGCAGAUGAAGAGUGGUGAAAAGAAGCUAAGAUAUCCGCUUUCACUUUCAUAACCAAAAAGAAGAAAGACAGAAAAGCUAAUCUAGAUCUUUCUGCUGAGACAAGAGGAAGAUGCAGUCAAGGCUGCAGACAGUUUCACUCUCCUGGGAUGGGUUUCAGCUGACUUAAAUAGAUGCUGUAGUUAUUGACAUGGUUGUUAGGAACAGUGAUACAUCUUAACAGGGUAUGCAGCAUUAUUAUAAUUUUUUAAAUUCUUGACAACCAACUCAACACCCUUCUUCCCCUACCUUUUUUGGUGUUUUUAAACAAGGAACAUGGUGAACACUGAGCCAGGUUCUCUGCAAGAAUCUGAGCUGUCAAAAUGUAAUGUCUAGUAAAUCACAAGGAGAAGAGUGUGGAUAAAGUUAGCUUAAAGGUUUGUAAUGCCCAUGUUGAGAGCUCACUGUGAAAUACAGAUUAUUUAAGGCAAAAGUGGGAUCAAGACCUUCAUAUAGAAAUCAAGUGAGAAGAUAUCUUAUAGUAUAUUUGCAGAAAAGUUCUUAAGUGCUCUAAGAAUUGAAGGCAUAGACUGGUGGUAUUUAAGAUAUUGCACAGGAUUUAUUCAAUCAAAUGAACAGGUUGACAUUGUUAUUGUUAGAAGUAUUAAGGUACUUUCUUUGACAUGUUUGGACCUGCUCAUUCUAUUGUGGAGCUCUGUUGGCAUGUUGAUAUCCUGGUGUUUACGUGUCUCUUUAGUCUUCUGGGAAUCAACAUGUCAGACAAGUGGAAUAAAUAUGAAUGUAGGUACAUAGAUCUUGCUUUGCCAGUAGCAAGGGAGUGCAAAGCAUUAAAGUGGAAAAGCAUCUAAACCACCAGAAACAGUCAAAGCCACCUUGUUACAAACAUGGACAGGAUUGACUAUAAGAAUUAAAGCAGAUCCUUAGCCUUUUUAAUUCACAACAAUCUCUUAUGGAAUCUGACUUUACACCAACAGAGAUUAUAACAACAUUGGGCAGAGAUGCACCCUGACUGAUUUGCAUUUAAGCUACAAGAUAGAACAGAGCAUCUCACUCUAGACUAAAAUGGACUAACAGCUUCUGCUGUAUGACAACCCGCUGCCUCCCAGGAUCUGAAAAGUGAUGACUGGUUUGCUGGAGGCAACGCUGUGCCCAUGAGGGGGGAUGUAACAGGAUGCCCAACACCAAGGACCAGCCACAACUGCAGAGCACACACACAAACACACACACUAGCAUAACUCAGUAUAAGCUUGGCCAGCACUGGAGAUGAAUGGUGUGAUUUAUCAGUGAAAUGCAUUGACCCAUUCAGGAAGAUAAAAUCCCACUCUGUCUUUUUCUUGGUCUCAGUCUUGAGCUUCUUUAAAAUGUCGCUGAAUUACUGUCGCCUCAUGAUUAAAAACGUCCUUUUGUAAUCUGUGUUUCUAUAACAGAGAGCCUUAAGUUUUAGUGGAGUUUCCUGAGUGUGCUGCAGCGGCAGGCUCAGAUGCUUAAAUUCAGAAUGUAACUCAAACCCAAUUUAAUGAUGCUUCAGAUUUAUUAAGUCUUUGCUUUGCCAUUGGCUCAGAUUUUUCUUUUCGGCUGAACUUAGGAUCACAUUGGUUGGUUAUCUCAAGAACACAGACAUAAACAAAAUGCUCUAGAUCCUUCCCAUUGUAGACUGGGCUGCUAUUUUGAAAGUACUGGAAAUUAGAUACACCUAAAAAAAGAAGAAGCUGUAAGUAGUGGCAUAAUGCUGGGUUCGAGUUACCUCGGAAGUCAGAGCUGAAAAUGACGUCACACCCGAGUUCCCAGUGUUUGAGUUACCAUGUCUGAAAAAAGCAAAAUCGGAGGCCUGAAACAAGAUAUCUACAUCUACGAAAGUUAUUUUAGCACUUACCUUAUAUUCAGACAAGGCAAGCACUAAAAUAACUUUCGUAGAUGUAGCCAACUUGUUUCCACCUCCGAUUUGCUUUUUUACGACUUGGUAACUGAAACACUGGUAACUCUGGGUGUGACGUCAUUUUCAGUUUGGACUUCUGACUUCCAAGGUAACUCGAACGCAGCAUAACUUGCAGACAGGUUCUGGGUUCAAACCCUGGCAGGGGCCUCCUUGUAUGAUUGUGGAAUAUUUUGGCUUCUUACCACCCAAACUGACAUGAACUAAAAAGAAUAUAAACCUGAACAUCUUAGCCCUGCAAAGUGACACACUGGUAUGGUGGUUGGCAAAGUUAGCGAGUUUGUGGGAUCAAAUAGUGAGAGGGGCCUUUCAGUAUGGAGCUUAAGUGAUCUGGUUCUCUUAAACUAGAUUGUGGAAUAUACUUUUGAACCAGUCAAAUGUACUAAAAGAAGUAAAGCUCUACUGAAUACACACUGGCAUUUAAGUGUUGUUGUAAGCACUUGCUCUUAACAGCAAGACAGUUCAAGGCUUGGUUCCUGGUCAGGGCCUUCAGGUUUGAAGCUAGUGUCCUGGCUUUCUCUCACUGGUCUAUGGGACAUGGUUUUGAAGCAUUAAAAUGUACUGUGUCAUGUAAAAAAAAAGUAGAGGAAGAAAAACUUGUUCAAGUAAUCACUGACAGGCUGCAUGUUAGUGGGGUUUGGAGCACUGCUAUCUCACAGCCAAAGGGUUCAGGGGUCAACCUCCGAGGCCUUUCUUGGAAGUUGUCAAAUUAGUUUGAAUCAAGGCCGUCCCAUAUGGAGUUAGAGUUGUGAUUUGCACUGGCGAGAAGGUUACGGUUCACAUCCCAAGUCAGAGUUCGAGCUCUCUCUCUUUAUACUGGUGUGGGUCUUCCUGUGUGGGGAUUGUGUAUUUUGCAUUCCUAAUCCAGUGCUGGCCACAGAUUUUGACCAUUAGCGAUAAACUACACUGUAAAUAUAUCUAAACUUGUACUGGAAAAGGCCUCAUAAAUAGGGUGGGUAGCAAAUUUGCCUGACAGAGAUGGUCAUGAGUUCGAGUCUUUUGGAACGGAGCAUGAAUGUUUAUUGGUUCUAGAGAGUAAAUGGCAGACUUCUGUUUAUUCUCUAUAGAAAUACCUCAACUAUACCAACAUAUUCUCCAAGAGUCAAGAUAAGCUGAGACCAUAAAGCAUUAUGUAAAUUUAAGUCUUGCUGGAAAAAGUGAACUUUUGAUUGGGUCAGCAUAUCAAACCAUAAUCUCACUCUUGUAUCCAACACAUCUGUAAUGUUUGUAUCCAUCACUAAAAUGAGCUGCAGUAGAAAAAGAAAUCUUGAAUUGCUUGAUUUUUCUUUAAAUUCAGCUUCUUUAGGCCCUGACACUGGCUUUUACUCAUGACACGUUUCAUUGGGGGAGUGAUAUAUGACAUCUGAAGAUUGUGCUGAGUUAAGUCUUCACUGCAAUCAGAGCAGCUUUUCAACCACAACCACUCUCAGCAGAAUCUGCUCGAGUGGUUGAACAAAUACAAUCACAGAAUCUACAGUUUGACUCUCUGUCUGCUUCAGUUGCUUUGGGGAACAAUUGCUCUGGUGGCGAAUGAUUCGACAUUUUUGUCACAUCUUCUUGAUUCAUUGUUUUUAAUAAUUACACAAAUCAUUUUGUCUUUUUCGUGAUAUGACAGACAUUCUCUUUUAGACUCACAUUUGUCAGACAUGAAGGCCACAAAAGGGCUUUUAUUGGGUAAAAUUGUUGCGCAGUUCAUAAUUCUGCUCCUUUUCUUUUCAGAACCUGCAGGAUUAACACUUCACCUAAGGUGACCCCUCAGGUUUUAACUAAUGUGAAAGACUCGUAUAAUUGAGCUGAGUCAAAUGUAAGCACAGUGCUUUUACUGUCGAUAAUUAAAAAAGAUUAUUUUAUUUAUUUCUGCAGUUCGGUGUGUUUCCUUCUAUUUCAAAAGAGAUCUGUCAAAUUAUGGCAUUUCUUUUUAUUAGUAGCCUAUCAUACAUAUCCUUAUACUCACUGUGACUUUGAUAAAGUGGGAUUAAUCCAAAUAAAACAUUAAUAGGUUUGUAUGUACUCUAUAUUGGCCCUGUUGGCCAAGAUAGUAUGUCUUGAUUUAAAAAGACAUACUAUCAGAACAUGGCCAAUUGUCGUGCUGUCAUCCACCGAUCAUAGCUGAUCGUAACCAUUCAAGUUAAUGUGUCGAUUUUCACUGGCUUCUUUCCGUUCUGCUGCGGAUCGCCAGACUCCGCAGCUGAUCGCAAGAGUUGCCGGAUAAAUUCAGCACAGAUUAACUUGUGCUGAUAAGGAAGUCAGGCAGAGACACAAAAUAAAACAUCCAGCUUCUGUCCAAAAUAAAACAACCUGUGAUUCAGGUGAAUCGUAUUUCGCACCAUGCAAACGGGUGGGGAUGAACAAGUGAAAGGUUUUUAGACGAUCCUGAUGACACCAUGGAUGAGGGGAUGCUGAUUUUAGAAGUCUAGAAGUAGAUUUCCUUCUCUGGAAGGACACAAUCUACUGCUUAUAUGGUUAGCCUAUGUGGCUAAAGACAACUUGUUAUCGCGCGAUUGCACGUGAAUCCGCAGGUUCUUGUGAGUUCUUGCGACUCUUGCUGUCUGUAAUCUACCACGAAAUCCGCCUCGCAAACAGAUCUGGUAGGAAUUGGCGGAUGGCUAAAAUCGCCACCGUUCUGGAUCGGAGCCAUUAUACUGUUAAACUGUAAAAACCACAAUCUUUACCAUUGUAAGUGUUCAACUGAAGUACUGUCUGCUACUUACAAUGUCUAACACCAUUUAAAACCAUCUGAAACAACAGUUUAGACAUUUUUGUAAAUACAACUAUGACUAUUGGAAGAAGAACAUAAGAGGUUUAAGACCCUAAACACUGAUGGCUAGAGAAUAUAGCAGAACACAGAUGGUGAGUGCAGCAUGUUGGGGAUUUUUUGGUGUUGAUCUAUCAGAUUAACAACAAAUACUGUCAUCUACUGUUGUGUCAAUGCUGUUAGUCGUGACAAACACUCAGGUGCUUUGUGGAAUUACAAUGGCAGCUUGAGGGAUUGCAGCCGAUGUAUGGAUUGUAAACAAAGGUAACAUUUAAAAUCCUUUAUGCAUCCCUUUUCUUUAUUCUUUUAGCCAUUUAAAAUGUAGCAAACCCAUCCAAAAAGUUCACACAGCAGGGAUGUCAGCCAUCACUUUGCACCGUCACUGCAUGCUUUUGAAGUAAAAGGUCAAUCUAAAUAGGCCAAAGCAGAAAUCUCAAACCUUUGUGUCCCACAUCCUUUUUUUUUUCACCGCCCUGCUUCUUUUAGAUUGAGCACAGACACUAAAGCCUCGUCUGUGACAUUAUUGGAGGACUGGUGGAGCCAAGUGAUAAAUGUGUGUCCAGAAAGCCCUACAUUAACCUUCCUGAGGGAGAACCACAAAGCCUUCAAGUGCAAAUCUAAAAUUUGUGAAGGGAUGAGAUUGCAAAAAAGCAUUUGCGGGCCUAUCACAGCUCCCACUCUUUCUUUUUUUUUCUAUUAUUUUAUUGCCAACACUAACACCACACAUGAAUCUAUCCAGAACAUAUAAUCAUCAGCACUCUGGGAGCUUCAUUACCUGGAAAAUCAUUGAAGCCAGAGCCAUCAUUGGUGAUAGCCGCAGCCUUUCCAGCUCUUGCUCAGUGUGGGAGCCACUGUCCUGUAUUCCUUUGUGGCAAUCCUUUGAAUUUUUCUGCCAAAAAAGCCUCCGGAAAUGUGCAAAUCUGCAUAUAUAUACCAAAUUGACCCAUUACCCCCUUUUGUAGUAAAAAGCCCCUUUUCUGUGCCAAAAAUGACAAUGCUGCUUUUAUGCAAAUGCAUGUGCCUGGUAGUGUGAGCUCCUUGAAAGUUGGCUUCAUGUAUGAUAGCAUAUUAUACAUCUCUGUGAAACAGCAUAUGUUAUCUCAAAAUUCACAGCUCCCCUGAAAGUCAGAGAGGUUAAUGAGUGUUAGAGUGAUAAAAUGUGAGGGCUGAUAAGGGCAUGCAGUCUCAGUGGAUAAAAGAAAAGGUUUAUAGUGUUGGUAAUUGGCUGCUCUGUUUAUUCCAUAUGUGCUUAUGGUGCAUAUUAAAAAAAUGAUUAUGAAUGUGUGGAUAUGUACGACUUGAGUUAGCUGCUGCCUCUAUUUGUGCUGAAUCAAGCGUUAACAUUCAUGGCUCAUAGAAGGACACCACUGUGGAUCAGCUGUUUCUUUUUGGUGCAGUUUAAACCAGAUCUACAAAAUAAUCAGAGUGCGUACAUUUGUGUAUUGAAGUCAAGUUACCUCACGCACUCACACCGUCUGACUCUGGCUCUCGUCUCUUUGUGUCUUGCAGGUAUUUAUGAGCAGACAUUUCUUAUAUAACUGCAGCCAACCAAUCCUGGAUGUGAAGAUAGCCUUUUGUCAGGUGUGUGUUCCUUACAGGUAAAAAAGGUACAGUAUUCAUUCACUUCCAUUUCCCCUUUCAUUGCCGUAUUUGUUGUGAACUUGUAUUGUGUUAUUGUGUGUGUAAAAAGUGUUGCAAUUCAAGUCUGAGUUUACAUCAGCGGUAUUGAUUUAGGAAUAAAGAAAAGAGAUCACUAAAAAGGUGACACUGGAAAUAAAUGUCAAGUACAGAACAAUACAAGAUAGAGCAGUAUGGUAAAGUUAAAGGGAUAUUCCGCCGUAAAAUUAAUUUAGGGUCAAGCACAACAUAACACAGAGUUAGACAUCCCCCCGAGAGAUGUAUAUAGCCGACCGCUUGCCUCUCCAGUUACAUUAACUUUAGUAGCAAUCGCAGGAUAGCAAAACACAGCGGUCUGAGGAGCCAUAAACAAACCUCAAACGGAACGCCACUCUAAAACCACAAAUAAUGCUCAGAACAGCACCUAACGUCAUCAACAGUACUAUAGGGUCCCAGCCAUAGCACUAGCCACCAAACAUCUUUUUAGCUUAACUUUAGCAAAGAGACUAAACAGAACUCACCUACUCUAUUCCAGCAGCCACUUGUUUGUAGGGAGACCUCAGGCCAGUCCAUUACAGACUACAACAGGGUGACGCAGCUCAAGGAAGAACAUUUAUGAUCAUUUCUACAUGAAUAUGCAAUCAGACCGAGACGCUAAGGCAGAAGGACUUCCGUGUCUGCAGAGCAAAUUGAUUGAUAUGGUGAUUAUUACUUUGAUGAAAUAAUAAAGUAAUGAUCAUAAAUGUUCUUCCUUGAGCUGCGUCACCCCACUGCAAUCCAUAAUGUACUGGUCAAGGUCUCGCUACAAACAAGCAGCUGCUGGAAGAGAGUUGGUGAGGUGUCUUUAUUCUCUUUGCUAAAGAAAUCACGCAAAGCAAAAAAGAUGUUUGGUGGCUAGUGCUAUGGAUUGGACUCUAUAUGUACUGUUGAUGAAGUUAGGUGCUGUUCUGAGCAUCAUUUGUGGCUAUAGGGUGGCGUUUUGGUUGAGGUUUGUAUGUGGCUCCUGAGACCACUGUGUACUGCUAUCGUGCGGUCGUUACUAAAGUUGGUAUAACUAGAGAAGCAAGCGGUCGCAACAAUCAUCUCUCGAGGGGGACUCUAACUCGGUGUUAUGGUGUGUUUGACCCCAAAUUAAUUUUACGCUGGAAUAUCCCUUUAAUAUGUGGGGGUGUAGUUUUACAAGCUCUGUAGACGUUAUAGUAAAGGGUCUACAUGUGAGGCUGAGCCGUAGUGAAAGCCUACAGGCUAAUCCAUUGACUCAAAUUGUUCAGACUCCUUGCACGACACGUCUGCAUGACACAAGUCUAGCUUGAUGCCUAGUAGUCACUGCAGAUACCAGUGGCUCCAGAGCUGACACUGCAGCCUAAUGCAUUGAAUGAUUAGAUCAUAGAUUUGUACGACCUCCCAGCCAUGCUGAAUUUAAAUAUAUUACAUCACAUAUAUGAAUUUUUCAUGGCGUCAGUGGGAACUUGUGUGCCCUUCGAUAAUAACACACAGUGGCACAGCUUUGUUUUUGCUGUGUGAGCUUUGUUGUAAUUACCCUGUCUGUAAUUAACUGUUUUUUGUGUGUGGCACCAUUUGUUCGACUGCACUGCCCAAGUAAUUAUAGCUUGAUUAUUGUGUGCACAUUCAUGACAGAAUGAUGUCUUUAGUCUGGUAACCACAGAAAAGACUUCGGCGUCACGAUUGUUAUGACACAGGGAUUAUAGAGUGUACACUUCUGCAUAGAAAUAGGAUUUAGCGUAAACUCAACUGGACUGCAUGUCCUCUCCUGUUAUCCUGCAUACCCAGCUUUACCAAUUAGUCUGUUACCCUCAUUUUCUCUGAUCUGUAAAAUACAAAUUAGCUACUAAUAGAGCAGCAUGAAAAUAUAUUUAGAUUGAUAUCUGUUGUGGUACGUUUCUCUAUAAGUUUGCACACUGAUGAUUCUCUUUCAGGUAAGUUAAACCCAUCAAUAAAACUGUUUCCUUCUCUGUUCAGGGUUUUGGAAAACAAGUGGAUGUGUCAUAUAUUGCCAAACAUUACAACAUGAGCAAAAGCAAAGUGGAUAACCAGUUCUACAGUGUGGAAGUGGGAGACUCUACCUUCACAGUUUUAAAACGUUACCAGAAUUUAAAGCCCAUUGGCUCUGGAGCUCAGGGAAUAGUUUGGUAAGUACUCAACAGUACAUUUCUUUUAUGCCCUCUUUUACACAGUAUCAAGCUAUUUUUUUAUGUUUUUAUGUAGUGCUUAAUGAGCAAUUAUGUUGUUUAACUGUAGGUUGUUGUUUCUAAUUGUCUUGUAGUUUAUUGCUUUGGGAGAUUAUUAAGGGAGGUUUAUUGUUUUCACUGCCGAGUGAAGGAAAAUUCAAUUUGAUGAGAUUGUACAUACUCUUCAUGAUCCGUGAUGGUGUAAUUAGGCGAUAUCAAAGUCAUUUAUUCAAUCCCUCUGAAAACUCAGAUGUGGCUCCUGACCAGUCAUAACAUCUGGAAGCACAGCAUGCUGCCUCAUGUCUUAUUCGCAGAAAUCUAGAGCUAAGGAAAAAGAAGACAGUGAAUGAAUCAAAGUUAUACAUGUGAAUUUGGGGAAGUUCUACUUUUUGAAGUGUACUCUUUUACAGUUGCAUGCAAAAAUUUCAGUAAGAGAGCAAAUACAUCUAAAUAAUUCAUGUUCUCUAAUCUGGUAAAGUUCAUUUAGGACCACCUUGAAAACAAGAGGACUCCUUUCAAGGGGUUUAUCCUACUAAAAAUAAAUUUCAGAUUUAUACUACUGUACUAUUGUGCCUAUGGCUCAGACUGUUACUAUUUAAGAUUAUUUUUAAAAUCUAAUUUAAUAGUAUAGCAUAGCUAGAAAUAAUAACACAAUAUCAAUGAACACUCGACAGUAACUGUUAGAUGUGAUCUUCUGUCAUUUCACAUGUUGUGAUUUAGGAAACGGACUCAGGUAGAAGUUGCUCUCCAUGUACAAAGAUUAAAAAUGAAAUAGUACACAAAUGAAAUAUCACGCGUUUAAGGAGACGUUGAUGUUGGCAGUGACGCAUAAUUGCGGUGUUUACAUCUGUCAGCUAUGAGGCGUAACCCUCGUCCUGUGUUAGGGUCUGCACUGACCUGUUUUUGUUUUUAAAUGCUUAAAAGAACCACUUAAAUUAGCUUUUUUGCAUCAGGCUUUUUGACUUUGUCAGGAACCUCUAUUUUAACAAAAUAAAAAUAAAAAAAUUUAAUUGACUAAAUUAUAAAAUGCUCUUAUGAAAUUAUGGCACUUGUCGUGUUGGGGUCCCUGUUGACCCGGUUUGAUUAAUAUCUAAUAAUUAGAGCAAAAACUGAAAUCAUAUGUGCACCGCCAGGCAUCACACUGACAGUCAGAUCCUCUUUCAAUCAUGUGAGAUUUAGGAAAUUCUCAUUUUGCCAUGUAUUUCCCUGCACAAAAAACAACAGGCAUGUCUAGACAUUUGAGAUCAAUUCAGUAUGGAUGUCUGGGGUAUACUGACAAAAAAAGUCCCAGAGGCCCACAACAAAAAUAUUAUAAGCAAUAUUUUGAUGGAAAAUUAAGGUAACCUAGAGAUGAAAACAAAAUUGUAUAAUAGAGAACUGUUUUUAGCAUAAUUUACAGCUAAUUCAAGGCACGGGUCAAAACUGACCCUUAACAUAGUGAGUGCGUAGUAAAAGCUAACAGAGGAGGAAGGUUAAGACUUACCCCAGCUCCACUUUCUUGUCUAUUUCCAGGAUGACUGAAAGUUAGGUUGAGUCAGCAUUUCCAAAAUGGUGACCGCCAUCGUUUGGCUCCAAAAUGCCUUUGACUUCACUGAGAUUACACUCAUGUUUAAUACAAUCUGUGGUUUAAGCUGCCAAUACAAAUUCAACAGAAAAUGAUCCAUUAGUUCGUCGUUUAUUGACCCUUUCUGGAAUUUAAUUUUGAAUCAAGUGAUUGAUGGUAGAUUAUUAUUUUAUUUUAGGUCUUGUAGGGAUAAAGAAAAUAUAAGUGAAAUACAAAUAUUCAUGUUGCUGUUCCUUUAAGAAAGUGACCAAACAUCAUUUCUGUUAUAAUAGAAAACAUGUGAAGAGGUCUCUGAACUGCUGUGGUGACAUGUCUGUUAUGUAGGAUAUGGAUGUGUGGGCAGUUAGGGCCUAACAAGAUGGGCACUUAAGUGAUUCCUUAAUCCGGAUUGCAGAGGGAGCUUUUAUUCAUUGUAAUUCAUCUCACGCCUGCCCUGUCAGAAUGCAGAGAAACCACUGCCAAGGCUCCACUUAAAGGAAUGCAUCUUACAGUGUUUGUCAAAAGCCUAAAAGAUCUAUGACUUGAUAUUUAUGUUAAAGCUGGAGCACCACUGCCACAGGGUCGACCCACGCUGACAUGGAUUUGCUUAUAAAGUGUCUGAAGAAUCGUUGGCUCUGAACACUUUAAACCCGUCUGCUCUCCACUCGCCCUCUUUCAUUGUCUCUCCUUUGCUUCCCAUGCCCUCAGUUCUUCUCCUCUUCCGCUCCGAGGCAAUUUUUUGCAAAGGAGCCCAGGAAGGCAGGCAGGCAGGCAGACAGGGAGACAGGCAGGCCAGGCUGGCUGUAGCUGCUAAUGCUGGGAUUGUGCCCGUUUGAAGGAUAUUGUAGAGAUAGAUGGCAGGGAGACAGUGCAAAUCUAAUUGAACCUGCUUUGCUGUGUGCUGCUGGGGUCUGCCUGCAGCUGUCAUCUGGUGUCAUAAUGUGAUGAAUUUACCAUGCACAUCUUAGUCACUGAUAUAAUAUCCUAAUGGUUUUGCAGGUUAAAGGGGGCACACAAUGGUAAUAGUCUUAAUCAGCUGUUGACAAGUGCGGUAACAACAACUGUGACGUCAAUUCUUGCAAAAGGGAGUCUUGUCGAAAUACGAUGAUUAAAUAAUUAGAGCAACUUGUUUACUGCACAUUACUAUGAGCAUAAUCCCCAACUGGGUGACAUCAUCACAACACAACAUCUGCCUGAUUUUGCACAGACAGGCAAAUCCCUUUCUAAUAACAGCCAUAACAUGCGGGACAUGCACUCACUGCAGCUGACAGUGCACACAGAGAAAUCAACAGUUAGUAAAGUACUCUGACUCUCUUAUGCAACCGGUAGACUCUCGUCCCUGUAAAUCCUGGGGACAUAUUAAUGAGGGGGGAAAAAAACGUUCUUUACUGGUGCAGCUUCUAAGACUCCCUCUGCCAAUGGUGUCGCCCGCAAACGUCCCAAUCUGUUCACAUCGCUGCCCUUAUGACUCUUGUGCUCGGUCAGGAUGAGCUUUCAGAAGCAUCUUAGGGAAGGAUGAAGCCUUUAAGUAGUUUAGCUGGUCAUGACAUCAUCUUUCACUCAGCUAGAAAAGUGAUGACAGGCUUAAAUCCCUAUUGAAUCAAUGCUUUUAUGAAGACUCCACUGUUUCCAUGGUCACACACCAUCCCUGGCCUGCAGUCUCUCCAGAGACAUGAAGAACAAACCACAGUCGGUGUAUUCAGCCCAGCCAUGCACAAACCCACUCACAGCACUGUCUUCGUUAUGGCUGCAUUAAGCCUGAAUACAGAUGCUCUGAGACACAAUUUGUAGCAUCUUAUAGGGAGAAUUUGUAAGAAAAGGCCCAGUCUGAGAUGGAACUGAAUGGUCGAUGUUUAUGGCUUCUUUGUGGCUGUGUUUUCCUCCCUGCUAUUGAAAACAGACACAAAUCAGCACAAAGAGCUGAGAUCCUAAAGGUUUUUAAGGACGUCAGCAUUGUGCUGGGCUUGCAUAGAAGUCCCUCAGCUGUAAUGACAUCUGAAAUUGGCUUAGACACUUUGUUGAAAAGAAAAACCUUCAUCUUACCCAGAUACUUUACCUCAGAAAUCUCUGUAAAUGGUUUCUGUCACACGGAGGUGUAAACAAUUUAUACCAUUCUUUCGAUUGCUGAGACGUGGGCAAAAUAAUAAUAAAUUCUUACAAAAAGUAACCAGCUUCUCUCAAACUAGUUUAAUUUCUAAAUAAAACAAAUAAAAAACAAGUAAACAUGUCUAUUAAUAUUAACACCACUCAUAAUAAUACUAUGUUGGAGUCGAGAGGUUUAGCUAAACAGCUGGCUAAAUUCUGUCCAGAAGCAGCAACACUCUGAAAAUCUAUUUUCUUGGCCUUCCAGCAUUUCCUAAGCCCAGCUGGCUUGUUAUCAAGCUUAAGUUGUUGAAAAAGUAAAUAAAUAAAGGAAAAAUGCCAGAUAGUGAGACGCUAAGCACAUGCCCCAUUUACAGAGGCUAUAGUCCUUGUAGCAGUGCCCGCUGGUUUGACCCCAACUCAGCAUUUCCUGUCCCAGUUAUCCUAUCUAAUAAAGAAAAAAAAAUGCCUUUUAUUAUCAACGAUCUCAAUACAACUCUCAAUAAUACUAAGCUGGAGCUGAGGGAUCUCUUGGUAUUCCAGUUCCAAGUCUGUUACCCAUGUGGCCAGCUAGUUUGUUUGUAAUGAGGCAAACCACAGAGGUUUUACUCCCAUGACAAGAUCCGAAGCUUUCAGCGUUGUGGGUUUUUUCAUGUAAUGGAAAGAGAAUGAAUGAAUGAAUGAUAGGAGUGUUCUCAUCAGUUGACACAAGGAUUUUAUUAACAAGGGAAAAAUCUCUAUUUUGCUUAUUUUUCUCUCAUUUUAGUAUCUUAUAAGUUUUCCUAUUCCUGCGAAGCUGUGUGUUUGCGGAGGAAAUAAUCCCUUUGUUUCUGUGACCAGUUAUCUCUAUUUUGCUUAUUUUCUCUCAUUUAGUAUCUUAUAAGUUUUCCUAUUCCUGCGAAGCUGUGUGUUUGCGGAGGAAAUAAUCCCUUUGUUUCUGUGACCAGUUAUAAUCAGCAGGGAUUGUCACAGUGUCAUGCAAUCAUGCACAACGGGCUAUGAAUACUAAACAUAACCACUCUGCUUUCUUUCUUAUGUUUAUUCCCUAACAGUGCGGGCUAUGAUGCUGUCCUGGACAGAAAUGUAGCCAUCAAGAAGCUGAGCAGACCCUUCCAGAACCAGACCCACGCCAAGAGGGCUUACCGGGAGUUGGUGCUCAUGAAAUGUGUCAAUCACAAAAAUGUAAGUGAGGUGAAACAGAGGUUGGGGUGGGGGGAAUAAGAAGACAGCUUCAUUGUCAGAUUGAAUCACAGUUUCCGACGGUGCUCCAGUCUGGGUCUAUUUUUGGUUAAAUCUCUUCCCUACAAAACGGAGACAAGCAAGUGCAAUGUUGUGGCCGUGCUAAAUUCCUUGCCUCCAGAAAUGUAGAAAACUGGCAGGAAAGUGAAACAGAGAGCACUCCGAGGCAUGAAUGUAAUCUCCGGCACUGCAGUUUGUGCUCUUUUCUUCUUCUCUGUCCUUUUUUCCUCCCCUCCACAUUCAUCCCUCUCGCUUUUGUCCUAACUCAGUUCCAUCUAGAGCUCGGCAGUGUCCUUCAUCACGGUCAUUACAAACGUGUAUCCUCUGUAACUGUUUGGUGUGGAUAUUAAACUGCUGCAUGUGUAUUCUCUCCUUGCUCUUAUCUCUUUCAGAUUAUCAGUUUAUUAAAUGUCUUCACACCACAGAAAUCAUUAGAGGAGUUCCAGGAUGUGUGAGUAUAUUAAACCUGCAUAAUUACAAUUUCCCUAAACCAAAUAUUAAUAGCUCUGAUGUGAUGUUCGGCCACUUGAUUUCAUUUAAUCUAGCAAAUCAUAUGACAGAGAAAGGGAAGGAAACUUCUUCAUUAUGAGCUCAUGUAUUCCUCCUUUGCACCUGCAGGAGUGAAGUCAGUGAAAAUACUGUAGGUGUAACCUGAGGCGGCUGAAUGUAUCUCCUCCUUGUGCUGAAUGAUGAAUGAGUGUUUUCACUUUUAGAACAAUCUCUAGGUAGAAGUCACUGUAGAGGGCUGUACGUGUCUUUGUGACAUUUUAAUGUUUUCUACCAGAAAAAGGUUUUAAAUGCCGCUUAACACUCAUUUUAUUAAAUCAUUCAAGGGUUUUAUGUGUAUUAAAGGGAUAUUCCGGCAUAAAAUUAAGUAAGGGUCAAACACACCGAGUUAGACACCCCGUCAAGAGAUUAAUGUUGCCGACAUGCUUCUUGAGUUAUACCGACUUUAGUAAUGACCACAGGUAGCAAUACAAAGAGCCACGCGCUCAACCAAAACACCACUCUACAGCCACAAAUAAUGCUCAGAACAGCACCUAACUUCAUCAACAGUACAUAUAGGGUCCUAGCCACAGCACUAGCCCCCAAACAUCUUUUUAGCUUUGCCUAAUUUCUUCAGCAAAGAGACUAAACACAACUCACCUACUCUCUUCCAGCAGUCCCUUGUUUGUAUGGAGACCUCAGGCCAGUCCAUUACGGACUGCUGUGGGGUGACUCAGCUCAAGGAAGAACAUUUAUGAUCAUUUCUUCAUGGAAAUGCAAUCAGACUGAGAUGCUAAGGCAGAGGAACUACCGCGUCUGCAGUGCAAAAUGAUAUUUAUGGUGAUUAUUACUUCAAGGAAAUGAUAAAGUAAUGAUCAUAAAUGUUCUUCCUUGAGCUGCGUCACCCCACUGCAGUUGAUGGACUCACCCAGAGGUCUCUGUACAAACAAGAGGCUGCUGGAAGAGAGUAGGUGAGUUGUGUUUAGUCUCUUUGCUAAAGAAAUCAGGCAAAGUUAAAAAGAUGUUUGAUAGCUCGUGCUGUGGCUGGGACCCUAUAUGUCCUGUUGAUGAAGUUAGGUGCUGUUCUGAGCAUUAUUUGUGGCUAUAGAGUGGCGUUUUGGUUUAGCACAUGGCUCUCUGUAUUGCUAUCAUGCAGUUGUUACUAAAGUUGGUUUAGUUGGUUAUGGUGUGUUUGACCCUAACUUAAUUUUAUGCCGGAUUAUCCCUUUAAAAUGAUUUUUAUAGACAGAUGUUUCAUUGAACAACUCACUAAUUAAGAGAUGAACAAUUCUCAGGUAUCUAGUGAUGGAGCUGAUGGAUGCCAACUUGUGCCAGGUGAUCCAGAUGGAGCUUGACCACGAGAGAAUGUCCUACCUGCUCUACCAGAUGCUGUGUGGCAUCAAACAUCUGCACUCAGCCGGCAUAAUUCACAGGGUAGGAAAGAAAUACCCCUCAACUUUCUUAUUUUCCUACUGAAUUUAACAGGUUUGUUUUCUUCUACCAGAUUGAGGUAUAACAUGGGUAAUUUUGCUCUAAAUCGUGACAUUACUCUGGUUAUAAUGGGCAGUCAAAAGGACACCCAGCAGGCACUACCGUGAGCGGGCUUUAAUCUCUGGAUUUACUUGUUGUCUUUCCAAACACAACUGGCAUUGUUCGCUUGUUAAAAGCCUAUGAGGGAUGACGUAAUUGUCAAGGCACCAACAGAUUUGACUAGCAGCCUGGUGCACCGACAGAGAAGGGAAAUAGGAUCAAGGUAAUAUUGGAUUGGUUUCCUCGUCCAGAUAAACCUUCCUGCUGAUAGGUCAAUUGGAAGACGCACACUGGCUGACAGUGAGAGUUAGCAGAGCCGGGGAGGGUAAAAAGCAAUUUAAAUGGACCUGAUUUUGAUUAUAUAUGACCAACAUAGGAUGAUAUUACAUAAGUUAUGCAUUAAAGGAAUGUAGUUUCUUCCUGGAGAGAUGUGAGGAGAGUUGCAAUAAAGCUAGCAGUCUAUUGGCUUAGAAACAGAGACAGAGAUUGGAAACAGCUGUCCUGGCUUUGUUAAAGGUGAGCUCUAAAAUCGACACUCAAAAAGUUCUUUUUAGGGGUUUAACAUGACAUCAACAUGGAGUUAAUUAUGUAAACUAUCAAUAUUGGACAAAGUCAUCAGGAUAUCAUCCUUUAACUGGGAAAGAGAAUUUCCCAUGUUUUACCAAAACAUGGCAGAAUGCCGACUAUCGAAAAGCAUAUUGACCAUGUUUUAUAUUGAAAUUGAGGGAAAUUAAUUUUCAAUAUAUAUCGUUAUUGUUUUAUCGCCCAGCCCUACUUUAAGGUUAUAUUACUGUCAGAAUCUCAUAGCUACUCAUGCUUAUAUGUGAAUAUGGUCCAUUAUUAUUCAGGAGUUUACCACCCUUAGUGCCAAAAUAAAGCAAGAUGGUAUCUUAAUAGAGACAAAAAGGUGGUCUUGAUCUUUUUAAUCAAAACCACAGCAGAAAAUCUAAAGAGUCUACAUCCCAAAUGUGUCAAAAUGCUCUCAAAUCUAAACCUGUGCUCUUGAUGGCAAAAUAAUUACCAUUCUUUUUGCCCACUUAGAAAAAAAAUUCAGAAAUAAGCUGACAGACUGUCUCAGAGUGGACUAACUUGCAGCUGCAUAUCUGUCAUUAUGUCAAAUACCUUCUUUUCUCAUCUUCAGGACCUCAAACCAAGCAAUAUAGUGGUGAAGUCAGACUGCACUCUGAAGAUCCUGGACUUUGGUUUGGCCAGGACUGCAGGCACCAGCUUCAUGAUGACCCCUUAUGUGGUGACUAGAUACUACAGAGCCCCAGAGGUUAUCCUGGGAAUGGGAUAUAAAGAAAAUGGUGAGAAAAACAUUUUAAAUUGAGGAUUUUUAGGCUUUUAUUUAUCAAAUGUAGACACAUUAAAGAAAUAACCCUGAGGUAAUUCUGUUAUUUGCUUCUCUUAAUUAUGCACAGAACUGGUGCACCACCAGCUCAAGGGUGUAUAUGAGUAUUGGCUAAUAGAGAAUAUCACUGAGGAACUUUAUGGGAGCUAUUUCCAGUGUUCCCAAAACUGCACAGAUCUUCUUUCCCCCAGUGGCAGUGAAGAAAGAAAACUGAAGUUAGUGCAGACUAGGAGCCAACACCUCUCUGCAGUCAUGUAAUACUUUUGAUGCAACUGUUCCAAAUUCAUUUUAGGAGAUGAAUGAAAAUAUAGCAGCCCCAUCUCUAUGUGGGCUGUAUGUAAUGUAUUUUUAAAGCGCUGAGAACCUGCAGAAGAGCAGAUAGCAGUAGUUGUAAGGAAUAGAAACAGAAUAGUUAUGGACUUCCCGGCCAGAAGGAUUAAAGGAGAAGUGAUAAAAUAUGCAGGUUAACUCUUAAUUUUCCCAGAUGAAAGCCUCCUGGUGUUACUUGUGAUGUCUCAUCAAGUUGCGCUUAACAAACAAACUUGAACUGAAGUGUUGGAUGUAUGAGUCAGCCAUUGAAACUCUUAGAAAAUCUGACAUGUGAUUGAACGCCAGCUUGUGCUGUGACUCAUUUGUCAUAUUCCUCGCAUGGAUGGGAGCCUAAAGCAGCUAAAACGUGAAGUCUCCUGUCUCUAGAAAGGCUCUCUGCUUUUCUGCUUUUUUUGUAUUUGCCUGCUUUGUGUGUAACAUGCUCCUCGCUAAUAAUAAUAAUAAUAAUAAUGAUAAUAUCACAGCGGUGUGUAACAGCCUGUUGCUAAUCACUGUUGCUUUAUGUGCCAAACACUAACCUUUUUGCCUUCCUCUCUUUUCUUUUCCUCUUGCUUUGUCUUACUGUCACCUCUAUACGUGCAGUGGACAUAUGGUCGGUUGGGUGCAUUAUGGGAGAAAUGGUGCGCCACAAAAUCCUCUUCCCCGGCCGGGACUGUAUCCUUAUUAACACACAGCAAAUUGAUCUGAUGGUAACGACAAUUUUUCAUAUAAGAGGUCUUUGUCUUUAUGUUUUUUGGUAAACAAUGUAAAAUUAAAGUAACAGUUUGUUUAAAAAAAAAAAAACACCUUUGGAGUUAAGAUUUCGCGUGUUUGGUUUAAAGGUACAGUUUGUAGAAAUGAGAAUAGUCUAAUGGCAGAUUGUUGACUGAAAUGCUCCCUUGCUCACCCCUUAUUUGGUAAGGCUCCAUUCGUGAUGUUGGCUUUUGAUUUGUCAAUUUUUAUCAUCUAAAGACCAACAAAUAACAUAUAUUUACAACAAAACAAACAACUAUGCUCUUUUCUCCUCAUUUUUGUCCUAUCUGUGCUGCCGUAGAAGAAAGGCAGCUAAUUAAGCGCGUUUGCCUUCAUGAAUGUGCAUAAUGUAUGUAGAUCAUCAGAACGUGCAAAAUUCUAGGAGGAGCAGAUGCAAAUGGAAUCAUUUCACACCCGCAGUGUCAUUUAUCAAACCUGGAAACCGAUUACAAUCGCUGUUUUGCUUCUAUAUUUAGCAUGUUUGAAAGCCACGUGCAAACUGGAGCAGCAUUAUGCACUGUCAUUGUGGGGAGAAGGAUGCAGAAGUGCCAUGAUACACGCCAUGAUCCUUGUCCAAAAGCUUGUGAUUUAUUUCGUUUUUCAGGUAAAUGACGAUUUUCAUAAAUAAUAAGGUCAAACACGGAACAGACAAAAAAAUUAUCUGUUUGUCUUCCUGAUUUUAAAUCGUUUUAAUCUCUUUUUUGAUUUCUAGUGUAUCUUCUUGCAUCUGAAAAGCACUUUGUGUUGCCUUGUGUAUGAAUUGUGCUACACAAAUAAACUUCCCUUGCCUUUUAUGCAGCUCCCCAAAACGAUAUGUGCAACAAACUUCAUUUUUCAUCUACGAUCACUCUGCUCUCACAAACUCUCCAUGGUUACGGCCGAUAGCGCACGCAAAAUCCUUGUUUAGAGAGGGCGGUCUGCACCACUUUUGCACCCGUUAUCAAUUGCCCACUAAUAGCACGUGCAGUUUAGCGCUCGCUAAUUUGGAUCUUAGUAGAUCAGGCCCUCAGUUUGUUAUUCUAAAUGCCACAAAUUACUACAGACUGUACCUUUAAGAAAAUCACUACUUUCCUGUUACUCUUAACCAAGCCUGAUGUUCUCUGUAUGUUACUGAGGUGAACUAAACCACUCUUACAUCCUCGUCUUCAUAACACACAACCAUGUAACUGGCCUCCCUCCAUUCCUAAUUCAACCUGCAGUACAAAUUAAGUUUUAAAAAAUUUCCUCUGAAUAUUUACUAGUGUGGUAUUUCGAGUGUCUCUUAGAUGCUACCUGGUGUUAAAGCCUGCAGUAAGAGGGCUGACUCCUCUCAGUCAGAUGGGUUCGGUUAAAUACAGCAGUCCCCAUGCUGAGUUUGUUCACACUCAGUCACACGUGAGCACAGCCAGCCACCUAAGGCGCCCACUUGUGUGAGUCAGACAGAGUUCCUUCGCAUUAGCUGAAUGAUAAUGAAUGAGCAUUCGUUUUGGAGCAUCUGUUAAUAGCAGCUUAGCUGAAAGCACUUGGUGGUGAGAGGAAGUCUCUAAAAGUCAAAGGUGUGGACUGAUAGGACCAUGAAUAAAUGAGACAGCUGCUUUGGAGGAGAAGAAGUGGAUGCCAUUCACUAGUUUGUAAACUGUUUGGGUGUCUGUCACAAAGUCAUGUUUUUUUAUUUUAUUUUAUUUUUUGGAGGCCAUGUUGCGAGUGACCGUAGAGAAGGAUACCCAGGAUUUUGAGGUUGAAUCGCCAUGUCUACUCUAAUAAAAUUACUAAACUGGUCAUUCGCUGUAUAUAAAAAGAUUUAAAGCUCACAAUCCAGACCAUAAACUCAAUAGAGUAAUUCAAAUGAAGGCGAUAAAUCAAGUGAGAAUUAGAGAUUUCCCCAUCAAACUGGACUGCGAUUUGAUUACUUGUUGUAACCAGAGUUGCUGCCCCCUGCAGGACAUUAGAAAAAGUGCAGAAAUAAGGCACUGACUAUUUUUAGAUUUCUGUCCUUUCAUGUGAUUAAAAGAAUAAGAAAUAAAGCACAUGUAAUAUUAUCUUUGAGAUUUCAGGCUUGAAUUGUCAAACAUUUCGAUGGAUAUUAGCUGUAAGAUAGCCAGAUCUCUGUUUCUGCAGGUGCUUGUCGCUAAUACUUUGCACACCUUUGACCAAGCAGUCUGUGAAAGAUUAAUGUUCAGUAGAAAGAGAAAACCCCUGCAAUGAGCUCUGCAAUAUCUCUCUCUCCUCACCUUACCCCCUAACACUUCAUCCUCUGUCGCUGUAAAUCAAUGAGCUAUAGUCACACACUUUUGUUAAUGGAUCAGUUCUGGGCUGGUACCCUGCUGUUGCUAAUCUUAAUUUAUAUUAUGGGCUUUUUGGAUUCAAAUAUUGACCCAUUUAAGUUGUCUGCACCUUUCUGAGUGUCUGUCUGAUGAUGAUGAUGAUAUAGAGUAGUGGUCUGUUUACAUGGGUCAUAGCAUAGUUAGCCAGGCCAUUUAGUUAGCCGGAUGUCCUUCCAGCCUUUCAUUCGUAACGCUAAUAGCUUCCCCGCUCGUCGCGACCAAGAAUAAGUAAGUUCCACUUCUCCAUAAUGUGAAAUGUGUCAGCGGUCAUGUCACAUGUCGGUUAACACAGUUUACUGCAGAACAACUCAUUUUUCCAAUGCAACAAAAGAGAAAAACGAUGGAAAAAUUUAAUCCUCUUCUCCGCUUGUAAACCCGAUUGGUCUUGACGAUGAACGAAAAAGAACGACGCACAAGCGGCAAGUGCAACGUGUAGAGAAUGACGCAAGUUCCUGUUUUUAUAACUCCUAAUAACUUUUUAAAAUGGAGCUGCAGAGAGAAAAAUUACAACCAGAGCUCUGCUACAGAAAGAUUUUGGUGCUCUGAAACUUCUCUGAAGCCUUUGCUAAUUAAUAGAAUGGCCGACCGUCCAGCAUUAGCCGUAACGUCCCGUAUUUGAGCCAAAAGAGGCGCGUCGCUGCACGGGUAAAUGCUUAAUUUACAUGCUGCUCCGGAGGGGGAUUUUGUCCCCCGCCGCCGGAGUUGUCGGGGAAGAAGCGAGCGGCUAAAAUAGGGGAGGAUCCGGUAAACCGGCGCGGAUCCGGUGUGUUUAUCAAAGCGUGGUGGCCGUGCUGAGGCACCGGGGGGAAUCUAGGCUAAACAGUAAGUCGAAGUAAAACGUUCAUACUUACAGAUGCCACGUUUGUAGUAGGAUCACGGAUAGUUAGUACGGAUCCAUUCCUUAUCUCCAGACAUCUAGCAAAUCCAGCGUUGAACUGUCUCUCGUUGAUUAAACAGUCCGAAGUGAAAUGGUACGCACAUACGUACAGAUAUGUUGGAAGUGCCGCGGGUACAUUCCCAUUAUAAAUAAAAUCCACCCAUUGAGUCCUCAAAUCCUCCGACGAGCGAGGCAGUUUUAAAAGAGUUUUGUGCUCGUUUGUGCAGCCAACAACAGUCAGAUCUCUGUCAGAUCGCACUUCCGCCAUUGUUCUAACCGGAGCAUUGCGAGCGAGCGGCCGGGAGUAAUGGCGCUGUUUUGGGCAGGUCAGUGGGCGGCUCCAUGGGCAGUACCAUCAACCCGCCAGCACUGACAUGACGUUAUGUUAGUGGAGUUUUCAGAACGGCUCAGAGCACACAGUUCCUAAAUACGUAGAUAACUAAAAAACGACUGGAUGGAAUUAUUUCGAACUUGGGAGGAUUGUAGCGGUUUUCUAUCCCUGAUAUGCACCCCCCUCCCGUUAACAAAGUCAGUUUUUCAUGCCAUGGCCCCUUAAAAUUAGCGGUCACUGUGAUGGCAAGGGGACUCAAGCUGAACAUGAACAGAAGAACAAAAUGUGACAAAAUGUUUUAUAACAGGCUUUUACAUAACAUGACAUAACGUGACGUGACUUCAGCACUUCAGCAGUAAUAAGACUCUUAAGUUGCUUCUGACAUUUAAGGUUAAUUAGCUAAUAUGCUGUUUGCUUAGCUUGUUGUUUUUGAAUUUUUUUGCUCAAUUUGCUUGAGAGUUGACUUUAUUAUUUUUAUAGAUUUCUCAAAAAGAGAAACAGCCCAAAAUUGCAACAUAGAAAUUGAAAAUAUAAGAAUUCUUAGUAAUAUAUACUGAGGGCACACUGUUGAGCGCAGGGUUUGAGACACUGUUAUGAAAUCUGUUUCAUAUCGUUCAACAUAAUCUGAAUUUUUAUUUUAAAAAUAAAGGUAAGCUGUACUUUAUACAGUUCGUUAUGCAAAACACAAGGAUAUGUACGACGGAGUAUUAGGGCCACAUUAAGAAAAAAAAAAGUAGACCAAGAUUAAAGUAAUUAAUUUACAAGAAAAAAGUCGUAGUAAAAUCAUUACUUGCAAAAAUGAAGUCGUAAUGAAAUCUUUAAGAUACUGAUGAUGAUGUGGUGCUGAUGUGCCAAAGAUGAAGUAUCUCCUUGUUUAAAAACACAUAUUGAAGUACAUUUUCACAAAAUGCUCCAUGGCUCUCAUUUCAACAGCUGUCAUCUUAAACAACAGGUUAGAGUAUAAGGACUUUAUUGUGACUUUAUUCUCGUAAGUAAUGAUUUUAUUACGACUUAAUUCUCAUAAGUAAUGAUUUUAUUACGACUUUAUUCUUGUAACUAAUAAUUUUAUUAUUAGUAGAUUCUCGUGAGUAAUUACUUUAUUAUGACUUCAUUCUCCCAAGUUAAUGGUUUAAUCUUCAAGUCUUACAUUUUUUUUUCUUAUUGUGGCCCUAAUACUCCAUCGUAGAUAUCUUAUCUGGUGAAAUAAAAUGAUUUUAAAUAUUGAAAGGGUUUGCAGGUCUGACGUAAGGUCUGCAGUUUUUCUAUCAGAAGUAAGGAUGACUCUGAGACAGUAUUUUCACAUUUCAGAAAAAUAAAGACAAGGUAUUUCAACAUGUACCCAGCUUUAGAUAGUUGAACCAUUUGUGGAGAAAUACAGAGUGAGAACUUUGAAAAUUUAUUUAUAUUCUUUUAUAUAGUAUAUUAUGUAAUAGACUUGCAUGUUUGUGUGUAUGUGUGACCCUAGUUGACAUGUGGUCUGUGGGCUGCAUCUUUGGGGAAGUAAUAAGAGGGACAGUGCUGUUCCCUGGGACUGAUCGUAUCCUUCUGCCUUUCACUUCCUGACAUGUAAACCUGAAUGAAACCUACAGCACUGUCAUGAUAGGUUACCUUCAGGUGUGUGUGGCCUUUUCUCGAGACACAAAUAAUUCCAAACAGAGCGGAGUGUCAUGCAUUUAGGAAAAAUAAAACAUUCAAGCUGUCUGAGUGAAUCUGAAAACUUGCCAAGGAGCCAUGGAUAAGAAACCGACUGGAUAGAAUAAAAAAAUACCAAACAGAGCUGUGGGUGGAUCACGGCCAAUGUGCAACGGAGACAAAAAAGAGGUGGAAGUCUGAUGCGUUCCAGUAAGCUGAAGUAUCAGGGAUCUCUGGUGGUCCUGGCAGCAAAACGCCUCGAUUGGCAGCCUGUGUGAGAAAAUGGAGAAGGGUUAGGGGGUCACUAGGAGUAUGUGGAUUCGUAAAAGGAGAGAUUUUCAUUGGAAAAGAUUAGCUGAUUCCCCUUAUUUUCUUUUGACAACAAAAACGUAUUUUAACUUCGGCUAAAUUCUACUUGUUGUGAAUGCACUCAAGUCUAGCAGUGGAGGUGAACAGGGUGCUGGAAUUUUGUUGUUUUUCCCUUAAUCCUGACACCCCACAUCAGACAUCGACCAGUGGAACAAGGUGAUCGAGCAGCUGGGAACACCCUCUCCAGAGUUCAUGAAGAAGCUGCAGCCCACAGUGAGGAACUAUGUGGAGAACCGGCCAAAGUACGCAGGCCUCACCUUCCCCAAGCUGUUUCCCGACUGCCUUUUCCCUGCCGACUCUGAGCACAACAAGCUCAAAGGUGAGAACCGCAACUGCACUGGUCACCUGCAUUUUAGCUGCUUUAUAGACUGCAGUGUGUAGUUUUCUGUGUCCUCCAUCUUAUUGAUUGAUUAUCUGAAUUUAAAACCUGAGCACGUCUGCGUCUAAGGUGCCUGUGGUGUGUUCCUGUACUCUGCAGAAAAUCCAGGAUGAUCUCGCAAAAAGUCACAACCUUCACCUUAAUACCAUUUAUAGGAUACAGUCACGUUUUGCCAAAGAAGCAACAGAAAGUGUACAGAAAAAUUAUCCCUUAUUUGGACAUGGUUACAUUUGAAAUAAAGAGAAACAUGCGAGAAAUACAGUUCUGCUAUCGUUAAGUUAGUGGAAAUAAAGAUGUUAUAAUUAAGAGGGCUGAGCAUGAGUAAGAUGUACCAGAAAUAACAAGAGCUGCUAGAAACCAUAGCACUAACUCAACUUUUCAGUAGUCAUGAAGCCGAUAAUGGUGUAAAUCUAUAAUAGGUCUAUACCAGCCAAAUUUUCAACGCAGUUCGGGUAGUUUAAGAUAACAGUUACUUCACUAGCAUCUUGACAGAGCAGUCACUGAUGAGCUGACUGAUAUUGUUGAUAGGCUGAUAUUGUUGGGCAGAAGCAGAUCCACAAAGUUAAAUGAAUAUAAGAUGUAUGUUUUUCAGUAUCCCCGUUUAUUCUGUAUAUAAUAUUGUGUUCAUUAGAUAUAAAGAAGCCUGAGUGGGUCCUAACAGAGUGUGCAAACUUCUAGACAUCAAAAUGAAAUCCAUGACUAUUAUAAAAAAUCUGUUUAUAAUCAUUUUAGGCUGUUUUUCAUUCUUGUAUUUGUAUCAGUAUUGGUAUUUGUAAUGGUUGUAUUAUUGCUGUCAGUGUCUGUAGUGUUACUAGUAUCAGUAGCGUGAUUGGUAUCGAUUAUGGUUCCAGUAUAGAAAUUGGUAUUGGUAUCUGUAACGUUGUCAGUCGGCAUGGGGAUUGAGAACCAGUCUCAUUCCAAACCCUUAAAUCAGGGGUGGGCAAUCAUGUGCCAUGGAGGGCCGAGAGGCUGCAGGUUUUCUUUCCAACCCAGAACUCCACAAGGUGAUUACAGGUAAGAUAAUCAGUGAAAUCACCUGGUGGAGUUUUGGGUUGGAAAGAAAACCUGCAGCCUCUUGGCCCUCCAUGGCACAUGAUUGCCCACCCCUGCCUUAAAUCAAUAAAGUUUGAGGCAAUUUACAAUCUAGUUGUGAGGUGUUCAUGGUCGGGUCGGUUAGCCGAGGAUAAAUUGCAAGUAAAUGAUAUGUUUUCACGAUGUGUUCAAAUGUCACAUACAGAAAGAGGACGAUUGUUUUUGCAUUAAAAAACCUGUUUAAGUACAAUUGGUCGUAUAAAAAAAAAUAAAAAAAAGACUAAAUAGGGGUACUGAUAAGGACUGUAAUCUUGAAGGAGUCUCGAUAAUGGUAUCAGUAUCGAUAAAGAAUAACAAUCUCCAUCUCUAGUUCGAAGUAUUGCUUUUUAAAUCACACAAAAACUCUGCUUUACUUAGUAUUACUACAAUACUACAUCAGAGAGUGUGGGUAAUUUGAUGUAAAUUAGUGACUCGAGUGAUGAGAUGAUUUUCUUUAAACAGUGUACUGUCACAGUUUGGAGUAAAACAAAAAGGAAAGGGCCCAAAUGCAGAACAAAAAUGAUUUAUUCAAAAAGAACUAAAUAUAAAGUAACAAAAACUUACUUUAAAUGUCCAACAGAAAAAAUUCCCAAAGGCAAAAAACACAAGAGGCAAAAUCCAAAUGACAAAAAUCCAAAAUCCACUGGAGACACUGAGACGCAGACACGCAGACUUACAACAAUGAACCAACGAGGAAACAGGGGAAGACAGGGACUGUACACACACAGGGAAACGAGCAACGAGAGGCAGGUGAGACACUGAGACACAGGUGCAGGUAAUUACAAAGGAGGGCAAAUUGAGGAAGUAAAACACGACUAGAAACACAGGGAAUAAACUACUACAAAAUAAAACAGGAAACACUGAUAUAAGGAAUAAAACACUGAGAACAUGAGGGAACCGGGGUCAGACACAAACUGAAAACUCAUAAGACAAGACUACAGGGGAACAGGAACAAUAGGGUACAAAAAACAAUAGGACAAAUUAUAAAGAAAAUACACUCCAGGGAAACACAAAACCAGGGAAAAACCUAAAACCAGAACAUAUCAUGACAUGUACAAUAUUUGGAUUACUGGUUAAGAUGACCAACUUCAAAUUCAGUGAAAUUUGAGUCAAAACAAACCACGUUCGGAGUAUGUAAGCUGACUAAUGAUAGACUUUAGUUUGAACAUCAGGGUGGCUGUAGAGUAAAAGUUUUAUUUCUUUGUAAAAACUUUUAUCCUGGUCAACCUUCACCCCAGAAAACUUUUCAUUUUGCCUCCAGGCGUCACACAUUAAACCGAAACGUGUCCUCUAAAAUGUAUUUUUCGAAGCCCACACUGCGCGCCUUUGUGAGUUAAAUCUAUUCAUAUGCAGAAGGGUAACCAAGACAUCAUAUGUUGUUUCUCUUUUAACGGAGAAUCGCUCUCACUCGCCCUAGUGUCAUAAGAAAGGGAAAUUCCCUCCAAUGAGAUAUAAGGAAAUAUGCUUUUUAUCUGUUGCCUUGCUCGAACAUCAAAGCUCCUGUCUGGUACAUUUCUCAUGAAUCACUACCGCAUGCCGACUGCUCCCUGCUGGAGCGACAGUGUUAAAGGAAAAGCACCUACAGAGGGAGAGAGUGGGAGGGAGGGAGAGCAGGAGAGCGGGUUGAAGUGCUGCUGAUGUGAAUGUUUUGUACUGUUACAGGCAGGAACUGAGGGAGACAUCCUUUGGGCUUUGGUAUUUUUGAACUGUAGGAGGAAGAGACAUACAGGCAGCACUGUAGGACAGAGUGGAAAAAGACAGCAAGGUUAAAGGAGAGCGAUAGAGGAGUCAUUUUUCAGAUUUACCAUCCUUUUGUUAUUGACGUGUGGAUGCUGAGGGAAAAAAGCCGAGUGUGCGCCCCUGGCUCAUCUGUCUCUUUGCUCUCAGUUCAAUUUCUUGAGUCCUCUGCUGCUGCUGGAGCUAUUUUUAUAAGGGUCAGUGUGUGUAGGAUAGAAUGGUUGUGUGGUUUAAGGGUUCUCAAUUUCAUAUCAGUCGCUCAGAUCUUCGGUUUAGAGAGUCCGAGACUUUCUGAAAAUAUAGUGCCCUCCGCUCGCUGAUGGCUUUAUUUAGACAGAUACCAGUGGGAGCCGGUAAUUUUGCAGAUUUCAUAAAUUAUUUAAGCCCAAGCAGACUGAAUCAUCCUGUAACAAAUAGCAGCAGGAGUUGAAUUCUUGUAUCAGAGAUAAACAGUAUUUGGGACAAGCUUGAGACUUGAAUUUCAAUUAGUCUGAAAAAAAAGGAGGAGAUUUGGAUUGUUGAUAGGGAAUCGAAGAGUUAUCUGUACUCCAAAUAAUCUCUGUUCAGGCUGCUAUCUUUAUCAUGCUCUUUCAUCCAUGCCUAUGUCCUGUCUGUGUGUUUUUAAUGUUCCUUCUGGCAUAUUAGUGACACAAAGGAAGUGAAUAUCAGUUUCUUGCUCCUUAAUCUCAACCAGAUGUUUCUCUGUGUCUUUUCUGAAACCACAGCAAGCCAGGCCAGAGACCUGCUGUCUAAGAUGCUGAUCAUUGACCCGGCUAAACGGAUAUCAGUGGACGAGGCCUUACAGCACCCCUACAUUAACGUGUGGUACGAUCCAGCUGAGGUGGAGGCGGUGAGUAGGCCUUUAGAAGAGCUGUGUAUUGAUUAGUGUCUCCAACAUAACCCUUGUUACUUGUUUUACAAUGCUAAUUGGUUAUGCAAAUAUGAAUAUCCACAACUUCCCUCAUUUUCUUAAUUUUUAAAUACAUUCUUUUAAAUAUCAGUAGGAAUUGCUGCAUCAAUGCAUUCAUCAUUUUUCUUUUUAAUUUGAUUCACAUCUCAUUUUAAUUUUUCUCUCACGUAUGUUUUUAUACCUUACAUCUCAGUAAUAUUCAAGAUUUGGAUAAAAUAACUCCAAACAUUUGCUGCUACUGAUGAUAGAGUGAUUUAGUGCAUUGUUCUGUGUUGUAAUGUAAUAGUAGUGGUGUCUCUGGUCGAUUUGGUGAAGUUAAAUUUCUUCAUCAGUGCCUCAUUAGUAUGAGGUGACAGUGAGAUUGGGAAAAAAGCCAUCUGCAGCUCCAGUAAACUCGUACAGAUACCACUUUUUCUACUUGCAGCAAUACACUAAUGAGUGCAUGAGCAGCUGACGAAUUUCAGUGUUAAUAUAAUUUCGAUAGUGACACACCUCCAUUGUAGUUAAUGAUCAUUUUAAGAGGAUUUCAUGAAUGUGCACUUGUCUUAGUUGUCCAGUUUAUAUCAUGGUUUUCAUGCUGUUAUUGUUGAUAGACUUGAUGUGGUUUGUAUGAUAUGGCUGUGAAUGGCAUCUCAACACGUUUUCUGCUGUUUUCCCUUUCUCAAACGUCAUCUCAUGCUGAUGAAGGCCAGAGAUCUCAUCCAAAUAUCCAUGGUAAAUAACAACCGCCCUACAUCAAAUGAAAAGCAAAAUUCUGUGGGAAUCAAGAGUUCAGAUUAGAGCAGACACUUCAGCAGAUUUGUUUUAUGUAGCACUAUGAAUGUAACACACAUUUUCAUGAUACAGAGGCGGCGGUUGGCCUGACGGUUGAGGCGUUCGCCCAGUGUACAAUGGCUGUCCUCAAUGCAGCGGUUACUGGUUCAAUUCUCAGCCUUGCCCCACUCUGUACUCCAUACAUUCCCUGUCUCUCUUUAGCUAUCCUGACAAUAAAACUGAAGUAUCUAAUUUCACAAUGCCGUAUAAUGUGAUGUAGUGCGAUCUGAUAUGGUACGUUACAAAUGAACAUGAAAGAAUGUGAUAUAGUGUAGUAUAACACAAAAUAAUGGAAAAGACAUGAUACUAUCUGAUACAUAAUGUAGAGAAUGUGCCACAAAUGGAAAUUAUUUGACAUGAUAACAUAAAAAAAGUGUCAUACAAUUCUAUCAAGUGUUAUAUUGAACAAUAAAAAAGAUACAAAAUUAUAUGACAUGAUAUUUUACAAUACAAAAUGUUCAACGAUACAAUGGAGUUCAAUGCAAUAUAAUUUCAUAUGAUAAAAUACGAUUAAAAUAGGGUUGGAUCUGAUGUUUUAACAAUUAAGAUGUUCCAAUUAAUAUGGAAAUCAGUCUGUUUUUGAUUCAGUCAGAUACAAGAUACAAGGAUAUCAUACACUAUGUUACAAUACAAUUUGAUUUGGUAUGAUUUGAUACAAUUCGAUACGACAUGAUACGAUGCGAUGCAGUGCAAUACGAUUUAAUAUUGUUUGAUUCAAUAUGAGAUAAAACGAUGUGAUACGAUACAACACAAUAUGAUACAAUAUGAUAUGAUUCAAUGUGAUAUGGUUCGAUAUAGUAAGAUACAAAAUGAUGAGAUGAAAUGUGAUUUAAUACAACACAUUAUAGUGCAUAUGUUGUGGUAAUGAUAUAUGUUUCCAUAUGAUACCUAAACUCUGGAGACCUGAACAUGCUAGCUGCUAACACAGAAGUAUUAAUGAGUGAAAUGAGCCACUUUAAAAUCGGCCCAUAUAAACACAUAGAAGCACUUGCAAAUAUGCAUAUACAAUGAAAAACACAAUUAACUUUCUAUGACAUUGUUUUUAAAAUGAAAUGAAGGGUUCUAUUGCUGCAUGAAGCUGCUGGAGAUGGAGGCGUCUUUGGGAUAUUUAUUUAUUGCUAUUCCACUAAUCUGUGUUUGAAAGAGACCUCUCACUUCUUUUUGUCAUAGCUGCUUAAUAUUCCUCCAAGGUGAUAUCAUAGAGGUUUAUGGCUGGUCCUGUCUGGCUAUGGUGUUAGUUUUUGCAGCAGGAUCUCUAUGAACAAGUGAUUAGAGGAGCUAACUGGAGGACAGACGGCAGAUUUUCUCCUCUUCUGUUAGAAAAGACCUAUUUUAAACUCACUAGUAGACCUCUUGUUUUAAGUGUUUUGUGAUAGUUUCUUAAUCCUGAUUUAUGAAUGUUUGAUGAAAAGUUAAUUUAGGUAGGGUACCUUUCCAUGUGAUUAAAGAUAUUACAUUUUUUAUUGUUUGUUUUCCUUCAUAACCUUUUUUUUCCCGCCAUUAUCCACAUGUGCCAACUUUGCGCUUGGCAUGUCUUUGUAUACAUCAGGGUUCCCCAGAGUUUCUGUGCUCUAAAUUUAAAAGAUUAUAAACCUUUUAAGUACCACUAAGGAUAAAAUUUAAUGUAUGUUGCUUUUCGGACACUUACAUACUUUUAGGAUCCUCUGGGUACCCUGAUACACACAGAUUAUUUUAAAGUGAAAGAAAAAAUAACUCAUGAGUCAGAUGUGCUUCUUAUUUUGUAUGUUUUAUGUAUUUUUCAUCACUUUAAUUUGAUCUAUAUGUCAACUUUUUCAUUUUCCAAAAUUCAGUAACAAAAACUUGCAAAUUGUUGUUUGUGAGUCAUUUAUCGUACAGUCAGCUGUAAAUGAACUUCAUGUUGAUCAGUUGCUGAGUCCUGAAUUGAAACUUUAACUGCACUGUCAGCUCAUUAUUUUAAAUGUUUGUGCUUUACCCCUUUUAGCCUCCACCUCAGAUCUAUGACAAACAGCUGGAUGAAAGAGAACACUCCAUUGAUGAAUGGAAAGGUGAGAAUCAAUCACCGAUUACUGUAUGUGUUUACAGGAAACCCAGUGUGGUCGCUGCCAUUAAUACAGUGACUUUUAAACUGGGGGCCUUGACUACCCUUAGAGAAGACAUUACACAUAGUUCUGUAUUGUUAGCAAAGCAUGGAGGACUGCGAGGUAGACUUAACCCUUUAUUGCCUUUUGUAUCAUAUUUGAUACAUACUUUUAUGAUACUUCUAUCAAAUCAAUAUGACCAACAAAUUACUUAAAAACACCUGAAUACAGUCCGAUAAAUGAUAAAGAUGUCCUCUUGUGGUUUAUCAGUUUCCAAAAACAUCAAAUGUAUCAAACAAGAUACAUAUUUUUGUUAAAUUUUAAGGACAUUUUGAUCUUUUUUGGUUUUCAGUAGUAAGUGAAAUAAACAUUUCAGCUCCAAAAAAUUUGAAUUUUAUGGCCAUAAUUUGUGGUUUCAGGCAUUAAAGGGCUAAAGCUGGCAAUGAAGCUGCACCAAAUGUUACAACCACUAAAAAAGGGGGAGGACCGGACUUCCUACAAGUCAGAAAACUUGGAAGUUGCAUACUGGAAUGCUACUUUAAGUUGCUUAUUUUGUGAAGGUGGCUUGUUGGUUUUAAGAUCAUUAAUAAAUAUAAUUUUGAAUUUUAUUUCACAAAAUGCUCCAAAUAACUCCAAAGACCCUCAAGUUAUUUGCAAAGGAAGUUUCUAAUAGUAUGUCUAAGUGUAUUACUAUCAUCAUUAUUAUUAUUAUUGUUACCAAAGUUUGGGAGCCACAGCAGCUAGCAGGGUAGGUUUUGGGGUCAUGUGUUUGGAAUCGAACCCAUGACCUUCUGAUUGAAUAUCGACUGUCACACCUGCUCCUGUCGUUGAAAGUGGACCGUUAAUCAAAAACCACUGUUAUCAUAUCCAAACAAAAUAAAUCCAAAGACUCUUCUUCUCAUGAAUAUUAAAAUAUUUUAGGACCAUGAAUGGUUCAGUUACAUUCUCACUUACUUUUCUUCUCUGCAGAAUUAAUCUACAAAGAGGUGAUGAACUUUGAGGAGAGGACGAAGAAUGGCGUAGUGAAGGGACAGCCUUCACCUUCAGGUACUCUCAGUGCAUAACCCUAAUCGCUCUGUAAGUGAAUUUACUAUAACCUUACUGGAGUAAAUAUAAUAACCCAUCGUGUUGUUGACCAUGUGUCUCUGUCUUUUGCAUCUCCUGUUUUUUAAAUGUGUAGUGUUGUUAUUGUUGUGCCAAGUAUAUUUGUUCAAUGGUGGUGAGCUAAACAAGAAUUGCAAUGAUAGCAGAUGAUGAUUAUGUAUUUAAAUACGUGUAUAUGUGUGUGUAGAACAUGUACCUGGUACAAGGUUUGGGUCCUUUUUGGGGGGGCAUCACAGGACAUUUCGGUCCACAGCUGCAGCUGAUAUUUCACAGUGUUUCGACUCUUCAGAGCACCAAACAACUUUGCAUCAGGGGCAGUUCUCAUAGUUUGCCACAGGGGGGCAGUGUGGAGUCAUUUUAGCAGACUGGUCACAGCACUUGCACUCUGAUGAAGUCCAUGGGUAAAAAAGAUACCCGUCAAUCAAAAAAGUAACAACUUUGUCCAAAGUGAAUAGCAAACAUGUAAUAGUUUUUCUUGUUUGCUUAACCUUGCAGUUAGCAUCUCUUUAAGAAUAGAUUUGAACACUAAGAGCGGUAAAAAGCUUAGCCUGUGAUUCAACAGCUGCUCUUAAUUCCUUCGCCUUUACACACCCAGACAGUCAGAAAUGCAUCACUGCCAUCUUUUUUUCCCCUAUCCACUUGUAAUUAAGCAGAUGGGCUGGUCUGUGUCUGAUGCUGAGUGCAGCAGACUGUGUGCAUCACAGGCACUUCGACAGCAGAGAUUUUACUGCAGCAGGAAAACAGGAGAGCAGGCAGCACAUAUGAUGCUCCUGACGUAACCAGUCACAUCCUGAAGCUCUUUCUGUGCAGUAUAGCACAUGAAGAAUUGAAGAUUGAGUGUGUUUAAAGCUUUCAUUACGCUUUUAUGUGAGAUACUGUAUUAUUUAUGUCAUACGAUAAACUUAUAACUUUAUUUUUUGCACGUUUCCAUUUUGGAGGGGCUCAAGUCAUCUUUCAAAAUCUGCCCUGGCUGUACCUGCACAGUGACUUUUGACAUUUAAUUCUGGUGUUUUUCCUGUUCGUAAACCUCCUGCUGACUCAGUAUCAGCCAUUAAUCCUGCUUUGUUCUCUGUUGUGUUUUGGGUCAGCCGAAGAACCCACUAGACUCCAUUAAGCAAUUACCUCCAACAGAGAUCAGACACAAACAGCACAUUUACAGUUUGUCUCUACUGUAAGGUGCACAUUUCCUUAUAGAGAUUACAGGACAACUGGCAAGCAUAAAUAAGUCUCCUUUUAUAUCAUAUCUUUACAGAGUACUUUUCCCCAUCAUUUAAAUCAGGCAUUACUCUGUCAACUACCAAAGCAGAGACGUUGUUCUUUCGAUUUUGCAAAUAUCCUCGCUAAAGACAGCAGAAGUCGCUAAAAUUGUAUUUUAAUGAAGCUGUGAACUCAAUAGGUUUGAACAGAGCGGUUACUUGGCACUUCAUGCUUUUUUAAAAAUUGGGCAUUUCACCUAACACGCUGUUGGCCGUUCCACUUUGCCGAAAGCACAUGAACCAGUAAAGAGAAUCUAUAAUUCUUACGUCAGAAUUUAGUAAAUCUCGCACAUAAACUACAGUGUCACAUUUUUGCCAGCAUGAUACCCCCUCUAAGAAAAAAGUUCAUCAGACUCCAUUAAACAAAUGACUGUCCUGGACUACUUUUUUCUACAUUGGCCGGAUUUGCAUUAUCAACAUUAUCAGCAUUACAUUUUUAGUGUUGAUUUUGGCGCCCUCUGUAAACAAAGGGGUAAUCCUUGUUUUAAUGCUACUCUCCACUCUUUAUCUAUUUAAAGUGGAAACUAUCACUUAAUGUGAAAUUUAAAGGCAUGGUUGACGAUCUGAGAAGCAGUUAAGGCAGAUUUGAAAAAAGCUACCCCCCCCACACACACAAACCCCUCCUCUCUGUGCUCCAAGAUAACUCCCCCCCAACCUCGCCCUCCCCACGACACACCCCCUCUGGCAGAGCAAGAAGCCGGCCAGCAGAAGAUCCUACGCUAGCUUCAAAUAGGAAUUACGAUGUCGGAUUGCUAGCGACUAGAGGCAGUAAAUGCCAGCUCUGCUAGCGAGCACCGUCUGCACCUGCCUGGUCAGCUACCGUGUUGACAUUGCAGAGACUAAUAAGAGUUAUUUAUGUAACAUGUGCCUCCACAGAAACUCAACAGAAACUCUGCUGUCUCGGCUCCCGUUUUCAGGCCGAAAUCCUAGCAAAGCUUUCUCCACCACUCGAAGGAUGACCCGAUGUCCAUUCGAGUUAGAUUUCUCGCUUGGUCACAUUUCUUCUUCGUCUCUGCCCUUUCUUCUGUCAGCUUGCGUUUUCGUAGCGCUUUUGUUUUUUUGUUUUUUUUUUGCGUCCUUCUCCAUCACAGUUCGUGUAGCUAAGCUGCUACGCUACUUUUAGCCCUCAGCGUUCCGAGGAGGGCCGGGAGAGUGGGAAGGAAUGAGUGGUAACUACGGGAGAGGGGUGUGUGGAAUACAGCGAGGUGAUUGGAUGGAGAGGUGGAGCAGGAGACAGACCAUUAGGAGCUGUCCGGGACGGAUGGCUCCUAUUGGUCAACGUUUUUGCAGCUCUGCACCUGCUAGAGUAAAUGGAUUUUUCCAUUCUUCUUUCUCUUCACUUUGUGGAGAUCGCACUUUAGGGCCGUGAUCGCCAUAUAAAUGAGGUUCUUAAUAAUUACCAAUCUCUUCAGUCGUCAACCAUGUCUUUAAUACAUGGAAGGUAACAAAGGCUGUUUCUUUGACGAGCCUUCCCUCUCAUAGCAGUUACAACCAUUACAAAUGAUCUCCUUUUUCUUUUUUGUACAUCAUAGACACACACCCCUGUUUGUUUCAGCCUGAUUCAAAACCAAUCAAAAACUUCUUACAGAUGCUGUAAGGCUGCGGUGGAAAUACAGACAAUAAUGGGACACAAGAGCCAUUUAGUUCCUUGAAGGGGAGUUUUUGAAACUCAAAGUUCCUGGUGCUUUUGGUCAAAAUUGUUCACUGCUGAAGUACAUUACAUUUCAGACUUUAAAAAAAGAAACUGAAAAAGUCUCUCUUCUUGUUAAUGGUCUUGUUUGCUUUUUGUAAGGCAACAAAUAGACAUUAUUGUUAAUUUCAGUCCGUUGAAAGAGAUUUGAAUCUAGAAAUUAGAUUUUCAGACUAUAGAAAUGCUGUGAACAUGGUUUGUAGUCUUUCUUUUUAAGCUUAACAAUAUCAAACCCUUCAAACCAAAUAACUUGACUUUUAAAAAGCUGCAUCAACAUCCUUGUAAAUGAUCAGGAAUUACACCUGACUACAAUCUGCAGCCUCUGACAAUCUUUCCUGUGAACUCCUCUGGACCCGAACCUUAAUAACACUUUUUUUUUCACUGCACCCUGGUUGUGUUGUUCUACAGGUUGUGUGAAUGUUGUUACCGUCUCUGUCACAGAAAAACCCUGUUACAACAUUCCUCUCAUCGUACCCCUCGUGUGCAUUUACAAAUGACCUCCUCUGCUUGUGUUCGUUUUUUUUGCUGCUGUCUCCGCCUGGACUCUUUUUACGUUGUAACCCCCUGCUGCUGUUGAUUCCCUUAGCACAGGUGCAGCCGUGAACAGCAGCGAGAGCCUCCCUCCCUCCUCCUCCAUCAACGACAUCUCCUCCAUGUCCACCGACCAGACCCUGGCCUCAGACACUGACAGCAGCCUGGAGACCUCAGCAGGACCCCUGGGGUGUUGCAGGUGACUAGCCGCCUGCCUGCGCAACCCCAUGUUCUUCCGACGGUGAAGAACCCGACCCACUGAAAACACAAACACAAAAAAAGAGCAAAGAUUAAAAUGAAUAUAUUAAGAACAAAAACAUGAGUAAUGGAAACAGAAUCUGACAUGAUGAAAUCUAAAAGCCUGUGCAUUGUCAUUCAAAAACAGCAUUUAAACUGAAGUAAAUGAGCUGAGAUAUAUGUUACUGAUCCUCUAGUUGCUUUGCUUAUAUUACCCCACAUAUCUUAUAUAUGGCAUCCGAACAAAAUCGACCAAAUGCUUAGACUUGCAUCUCCUGUAAAGUGCAUAUUGGCUGGCUGCUGGUCCCCCCGAUUCCUUACAAAAGCAUAAAUGCUCCAAUCAUUGUGGCAAGGUGGGCGGCCAUGUUGCUCAUUGUACAAUACAGACUUCAUUUUCCUUUCCCCUCCCUCCUUGUACAACCCUUAUGCAACAACACUGCUGUAUUUUAACCUCUAGACUUGGUCUUAGACACCACCUCAUCCUCAUCCAACACGAUCCCUAUGUAAGGUUGCCUGAUUUGUGUGUUUUUAUGUGGUUACUCUGCAGGGAUAUGUAGCCGCUCUCACCCUGAGCGGCACAGCCUGCGCUUCUUGUAAAUAAUGUAAUUCUGUACAGCUGAAGGGUACACAGAGUGGGACUGACGGCCAGUACACCAGGAGUUUUUUUCUGACUUGCGCACCUUGCCACAUCACCGCUUUCCACCUCAGUUGCCCCUGCCUAUCGCUGUAGUCCUGCAUGAUUAGAUUUAAGACGAUGCUAAUCUCACUGUAUGCUAAAAUGAGUCUGUAUAGAGACUUUUGUUUAUAUACAAUGUGAACUAACUCAAAUCCAGACAUAAGGGGGGGGUCUGGUCACAGGAUAGGAUGAACGUGUGCGUCUAUGUGUGAGUGUGUGCGAGUGUUAACCAACCACAGGCAAGCCAUUAUAGGUUAGUAAAUGUCAGGGCUGAGUUUGGGACUUAAAGGGUCAGUACACCAAGUAGAAUAAAUUAUUUUGGUUGUGUUCAGACUUCGUAAGAGAGAGAUUUAACCAGCCUGUUAUGGUGAACUGUGAAACAUCAACCCCCUCAUAGGCGCAGGAGGCUAAUCUGCCUUACUGUGGUUUCACCAUGAGGAGAAUAUUCUUAUUUAUUUGAGACGGCAUAACGGUAGAGAUGCAAGAAAUACAUCUGGAAGUUUACAGGCAGGCAAUGAGUGUUAACCUGGUAGCAGAGUUUGAUUUUGUCCAACAGUAAAUAACAGUAGGCCUAGUUCGCCACGCUCAAUAGACAGAGGCUUUCCCAUGUUAACCUUCACUACAUUUUAUCUUUGCUGAAAGAUGUUAUUUAUUUUGAUGGAUGGGACCCCGGUGGAAGAUGGCAAGUGCCUUUUGGAACGAAGCAUUGCAAGUGCAGAUAUUAUAUUUUUUCCUCUGCUUCUUCUUUUUUCUGCCUUAAAACAAUGUGAACCCCCAAUCCAGCACACACGGUGGAACAUUAAUGAAAAAAAACACAGAGUUUGGUUUGAUGAUGGUGCUUUAAUAUUAGGUUUAAACCAGUGGUAGUGAACUUAAAAGCUUACUCAUCCUCGGGCCAGUUUUUUGAAUAUAGAUUUUAUUUUAUUUCUCCAUCGCCAUUGAAUUGUGUAACCAGAAAAUCUCAGGCUAGGCCGCUAGCACAUGCACAGACUCUUACAUGAAUUGUAAUGCGCUCUCCCUUUUUUAAUUAAGCAAAGAUGUGCUUUACGUGCACUACUUACAACAGUCUCAAAGUUGGUGGCAUUUAGGGUCUUGCAACAUUUAUUUCAGGCUCGGAGUAAAUCAGCGAGAAGCCACAACUUGAAACCAAAUUGUUGAUCUUUCACAGUUUAGGAAUUUAGUUGGUUUAUUGUUGAAAAUAUUACAGGCAACUGGGGAGACAGUUUGAGAGCUCUAGGCUGUGUUGGUGCAGACAAAACCAACAGUUUAUAUCGUAUAACUUAUGAUUAUUUCACGACAAUCGGUAACCGAUAUAUCUGAAAAUCGGAGCAUUGUAGUUGUUUUAGUCACAUCGAACAAACAUUUACAAUAUCUGUCAGUAUUCUCAUGUUUCCCACACAUGGAAACUGCAUGGCCACCGGUUAAGACGGUUAAAACAUUCAAGGGAUGUUUUGACAGCACUGUUUUUGGGGACAUUUAACAUAUUCAUUUUUGAGCAUGUCAUUUGAUGGUUGAACUGUGUCUCUGUAAACUGUGGUUCAGCUACCGCAUUACCCCAUUAUUGUACAUACAAUGCCUCAAAUCCCUUUCCACAGACUCACACACCCAGCCUCUGAGAGCUACUUUGUUAACACUUCUCCCCUGCCUGUGGCCUGUGUACAGUGAACCCCCACACAGACUCACACUACCUUCACAGAGCUAAGAGGGAACCUGUCGGCAGCGUCUCCAGGAUAAGCUAUGGCUAGCUUGGCUUUCUGUUCAGGGUCUGGCCAGGGCAAUCUUUACAAAAAAACAGGGUGCAACUUUGAAAAUUACUUUUAUGUUUCCAAGAUGUACAGAAGAAUUUAUCACAAAGGGGGUCUGGUGUUUGAGUCGACUCCUGCACCACAAAUACUCACAGUACUGUUGCAGAUAAUCUACAGGGCAUUUUUAACCACUCAUACUUCAUUCUGUUUGAACUUUGACAUGUUUUCGCACUGAAUCACAUUUCCUUUACUUUCUCUGAAUGUGAAUUUUAAAUCUUUUUAUAAGACGUUCCCUCCCGACAAUUCUGUUGUAAUAAAAAAAAAAGGUGCUCUUGGUCCUGUUUAACGCGCCUAACGUAGAUUUGAUUCUAUCACAGAAACAGCUGGGUUGUCCGCACUGAAUGUAGAAAUGACUUGUUUCAUCACGACAUUGCUGCUGUGCUUGGUCAUCAGUGUGUGUGUGUGUGUGAUUUGUGAAGGUUAAAAAGGGAGAAAAUUUCUUUCUAAAAAUGAGAUCAUGAAGUAAGCGGGAUCGCUUUAAAGAAUGUUAAUGGAGAUUUGGUAAACUCAUGUGUUUGGAGGUAGUUCAUGUGUGUAUCAUGUUCAGUCACAUAGAAAUAGAAAUGUGUCGACGACUGAUCCUGCUCCGAAUACGAUCUGUCGGAUUCGGGAUCGGCGAGUGUGUUAGCCAUUUAGCUUACUAAUGGCAGACUUGUCAUUCAGCCAUGAUGUUCUUGCCACUUUAAAAUACAUGUCAAAAGUUAGGAUACAUCUUGUACUCAGCUGUGCCAACAUUAAAAAUCUUUGGACCCAGUACUUGUGAUCCCCAGCUAAUUUGUUUUUCACGUUUUUCCUUUGUGUCAUAUUGUAAAUAACAACAACCCAACAAUGCAAUAAACACUUUAUUGCACUCAGACAGGGAGGCAAGCUACUGCAAGGGUCAGGUGAUGCUAAAAUGUUUUGAGUCUUCAAUGUGGACAACAAAGAUGAAACCCUGUAUAGCUCAUCUGAAUCAGGUGAUGUUGUUCUUUUACCGAUUCCUUCUCUCUUCUUUUCUUUGACUCUGUGCUGUUUUGAUGACUCAUUCUUUUUUGACAUUGUCAGGUUGAAAAUUUAAAAACGGAAAAAAAUGAAAUUAUAUCUGUUUCACGCUGAUCUCAAAGCUUCAGGCUCUAGCGUUUCAAAUAAAGUCAAAACAAAUGCAAAAGAAAAAGAAAAAAAAUACUGAAAGCUGUUACUGUAAACACAACAUUUUAAAGGAACUGUGUAUGUAAAAAUAGUAUAUGUAUGUGAUUGAAAAUAAACAAAACCUUUGAUCUUGGACCACUGUGGUGAUGUUUUUUCGUUCACCUGCAGGUAUUUACAGUUUCCCCUCACAUUUCUCUUAGCGAUAACCAUCCAUCCAGACUCGAACAGUGACAGAGUUCCUCCUACACAGACUCUAAAUUAGGUCUGCUGGACACACAGUAUGAAGGCUGGCUUAGAGGAAUGAUACCGAAUGAUGCAGGAAGACCUCAGGAAUAAGUUCUCCAUUUUGAUGGAUUCAGGAUUCAGAUUAGAGGAGGUGAAUGGGACCACAUUUGUUGUAGCCAAACCAUCUCCUGGGAAAUGAAGGCACAAUUGCUUGUAGAAGAGCAGAGAUUCAUUUUCCACAUCAUUACAUCAAAGUCUAACUGAUUGAUAUCUGACAUGACAACCCCAACAGCUUAUACUCAGAGGGUCAUAUGAGGUUAAAGAUGAUCCCACCUGUCCUUAUCAUGAGA